GCUGUGAUGCUGGACCAGAAGGGCCAUGGGGCUGACCCUGCUGGCUCUUCUUAUCUCCUUAUGCACAGAGCACGAGAGCUACUCUAUACACGUCUGGCCUAGGACCUAGUGGCAUUCAUACAAUACAAAGGCCUUUCCCGAUGAAAACCUGUUCUUUCUUACGAUGUGCAGGACCAUGAGGGUGAUCUAGAAACGAGAAGAGGGAGUGUGGAGGGGCCCCUGGGGUCGGGGUGUGGCGAGUGCAGAGGGAAGAGUCAAGGACCAUCCGUAGAAUCUUCUGGGCAUGAUCCAUGUUCUCACGUAGCUGCAUUGUUUUAUACUUUCCGGAUAGCCCAUGGUCAUCUUCUAAAGUGCGGGGUUCUAUUUCCCACAUCCAGCAGGGACAGGAGGGCUUUCUUUCUUUCUCCCUCCCCGUCUCCUGUGUCGCGAUGACUUCAGCCGCUCGGCUCCCCCCCGCCUUGCUGGGCGCGCCCAUUGGCUGCCAGCCCCGGCGGCGGCGGCGUCUCCUCCCGGCCGCGUGUUGCAGGAAGUGCCGGUCGGGCGCUGCAGCCUCUCAGCUGAUCGGGGCGGCGGAAGCGCCUCCCCGCUUGGCCGGCGCCGGACUUUGCCCGGGGAAGCGCGCCGCGGAGCGCCGGACUUCCUUCUGGGAGCAUCUCGCUGCUUUCUCUCUCCGCCGCUUGGGCCAUGGAAGGGAAGCCGAGCGCGCCUCCGUCCUUCCCGCGGGGUCCCCGGCUCAGCCCCUGACAAAAGCAGCCCUUCGCCGGAGACUCGCGCGCCCGGCGCCUCGCCCUCUCUUCUUCUCCGCGGAAGGCAGGAAAUAUCUAUCUAUCUAUAUUAACGAAGAUUCCUCGCCGACCUCGAAGGAGAGGAGGAGGAGGAAGGAAGGGGGAUGCCCUGCCGCCGCUCCCCCUUCCCCGCCAGACUGCGAUGAGCGCAUCUGGGGGGCGUCGGCAUGGCAUCCUUCAAGCCCUUCGGCCAGGCUGGGCCGAGAGAAGACGAGGAGGACGGAGGCGACUUGGACCGCUCUCUCCAGCAGAUGCUUCGGGCGAUAGUGGAGGAGAGGAACCGCGUCAACAUCCGCCAGGAGAUCAGCGGGCUGGGUGAGUGAGUGGCCGGGGCUUCCCGGGGAGGAAGAGGAGGGCGGACACCCCCGCCAGGGCAGCUCUCUGCCCCGAUGCGCUGCCGUAGCGGUGCGUGUUGCUGCUGCUGCUGCUGAAACAGAAUAAACGCAGCGCGUAGCUUUGGCCGGCCUUGGCCACCUUUUCAGAUUGGAAGAGACAGACCAACAGGGCCAAAGGCAACCCGGUAGCCCCAGAAACCUGGCAGCUGACCCUUCUUCGUGCCAUGGAGAUAAAGGGAGGAGGGGGAGUUCAUAUGCUGCGUUUCUCUGAGCGGGCGAGGCUGCUGUCAAAGGCACAGAACCAAGACAUCGCGCUCUCUUUGUUGUUAUAAAAGUGGCAGCCCAGUUUUUGGCUACUUUAUAGAUCCAUAGCUUUUAGGGUGUGAACCAGAUGCAAAAGAGGCCUACUUAAUUUCUAAGAAGAAGACGUGCCAGUACCCAGGUCUGUUUGGAAACAGGCUCCUGUGAUCUGCAAAUCCUUCCGCCAGAUUCCUGAUAAGAUUGAGCUCUUUGUCGAUAUUUAGUGGGGAAGGAAAUGUACUCUGCACUUGCUCAAGGACGCAUUGGUUCCUGUCCCUCCUUCGUAUGUUUCAAGGAUUAAAAUAUGCCAGAGGUGGGCCCAGGAGCAUAUAAACCCCACAAGAGAAUACAAGACUCCUUGUACUCCCCUCCCAAAAAGAUUUUUAUUUACCUAAACAAGAAAAAGGUAAUUUUAGGAGAUAGUUUCAUGACAAACUGCCCCUCCCCUCAUGUUCACUUCAGGGCUUCCUGCUUAGUUGAUAAGCAGAUGCUGAAAGCAGGGUGGGAAUUUGUGUCUGCUGGUGAUCUGUGAAUAUAACAGUGGCAAGCAUGUCUUAUUCUGUUAGCUAACCCACAUCACAUGCUCUUAUGUAGGCAAUCUUGAGGUAUGAGAAACAGCAUGCUAAGCAGUUCUUAGAAACACUCUGCCUGUCAAAAUAUGGUUACUAGGCCCCAAAAUCCACAUGUUUGGGGUUUCUGUAUAUUGCUUCAAUGUAUAGUUGAUGCCUGUUGCUCCCUUAACAAUGCCGAAAACCGCAAUGGAGCAGUACAUGACUAUCUUGAGGUUGCUUGUCUAGAUUUGACAAAGUUUGUCUUCUCUUCCGGUUGUUAAAUUGAUCAGGAGACUGUUGUAAGUGGCCACUAGUCCAACUGCUUGUGGCAAAAGAGAACUGUCUCCCCACAGAGAGGCCUUUGCAAGCGGUAAGAGAGUCUGGGUUCUGUUUUCCCUUCAUUCUGUGUUUGCAUCAUGAAAGGCUAGCAGAGAUAUGCCUGUCUGAGCUAUUAAACGUUUUUGUUGGGCUAUUUACUAGUCUGAGAUAGAUGGUGGGAGAAGACAGCUAGAUAGCAGGAAAGGGAUGGAGAGUGUGCAUUUCUGGGGGCUCACUGGAAAGCACUGCAGCAUCAUAGUUUAAUUGAAAUCCGCAUGGCUUGGUUUUCCGUCUUUCCCCACCUCUUUUACUUACACACUUGCUCAGAUAGCCAGCAUAGAGCCUUUUCUUCAUUGUCUCUCUUAUCUCUGACUCAUGGCUGUAAUUUAUGGUGCAUGGAUCCUAUUGUCAGAGCAGGAGCCACAGGAGCAUUUUGUAUGUGCGGACUCUGCCUAACAGCUGAGAUCUCACAUCACAUGGAAACAAUCCAUAGCCAUCUGUGAGGGAAUUUGAUAAAGCAGCAUUGAUUUUAUUGCUCUGGGAGAAAACAAACUGGAAAACAAAACUGAAGCUUUAUGCUGAGAGAAUAAAGCUGGCUGUGUACUUCUGUAUCUAGAAAGCCAUGUAAACAAGAAUAUCUUUUUCUCUCCCCACAUCCCACUCCCCCCAAAAGAAAUUGGACCUUGACUGCUUCCUGUGUUGAUCCAACACCUGCAGUGUGUUCUGAGGUCUAUGUCGGGAUAGGAUCUGGCCUAAUCUCUGUGUAAAUAGGUUAAGAGCUUUAAAAGUAAUCUGUUUUCUGUUGCUUCUAAUAUCCUUUGAAGAUGUUGGUCAAAACUUCUAACAGGUUUGCCUUGCUUACACUCCUAGGAAUACAUUCCUGUAGAACAGCUGAGUUAUCUUGUCCUCCCUCCCCCCCCCAUCCUAAAAUUUAUUUGGGGGCACAGCAGGGUUUCCCUUUCCCAGUGAAAACAUCAGUUCUAUGGGGCUCUCAGGGUUCACAGAAGGUCAAGAUGAGGUCCAACAGCCCCACGUGAAAGUCGACACCCUAGGGCACUUUCUAAAAUCCUCCAUAGCGUUCAAGGGCUCUGGGGCACAGGCAUGUGGGUUCCUCAGUAGAAUAGUUGGUGUGGAAAGUGUUCCCUGAAGGUUGAAAGUGUGGAAAAGCAAUUUGUGGUGGAUGUUUCUGCAAUGAACUUUUAUUUGAAUCAAGUGAGUGACUUUUCUGUAACGUUGCCUUUUGGUUGUGCUGCCAUUGUAGCUGCUUUAUUGCAACAAAUUAGGCAUUCAGAAAUGGCCAGCCCCUAGCCAAGUUUAAGUGACUAGGAGUGGCUGCCGAGAUCUCAUAACACCGGUCCUGAAAGACCUACAUUGGCUCCCAGUACAUUUCCAAGCACAAUUCAGUGUUGGUGCUGACCUUUAAAGCCCUAAAAGAGCCUUGGCCUAGUACACCUGAAGGAGCGUCUCCACCCCCAUCGUUCUGCCCGGACACUGAGGUCCAGUUCCGAGGGUCUUCUGGCGGUUCCCUCACUGCGAGAAGUGAGGCUAAAGGUAACCAGGCAGAAGGCCUUCUCGGUAGUGGCACCUGCCCUGUGGAAUGCUCUCCCAUCAGAUGUCAAGGAAAUAAACAACCACCCAACUUUUAGGAGACAUCUGAAGGCAGCCCUGUUUAGAGAAGUUGUUAAUGCUUGAUUCUAUUUUUCAUAGAAUCAUAGAGUUGGAAGAGACCACAAGGGCCAUCAAGUCCAACCCCCUGCCAAGCAGGAAACACCAUCAGAGCACUCCUGACAUAUGGUUGUCAAGCCUCUGCUUAAAGACCUCCAAAGAAGGAGACUCCACCACACUCCUUGGCAGCAAAUUCCACUGUCGAACAGCUCUUACUGUCAGGAAGUUCUUCCUAAUGUUUAGGUGGAAUCUUCUUUCUUGUAGUUUGGAUCCAUUGCUCCGUGUCCGCUUCUCUGGAGCAGCAGAAAACAACCUUUCUCCCUCCUCUAUGUGACAUCCUUUUAUAUAUUUGAACAUGGCUAUCAUAUCACCCCUUAACCUCCUCUUCUCCAGGCUAAACAUGCCCAGCUCCCUUAGCCGUUCCUCAUAAGGCAUCGUUUCCAGGCCUUUGACCAUUUUGGUUGCCCUCCUCUGGACACGUUCCAGUUUGUCAGUGUCCUUCUUGAACUGUGGUGCCCAGAACUGGACACAGUACUCCAGGUGAGGUCUGACCAGAGCAGAAUACAGUGGCACUAUUACUUCCCUUGAUCUAGAUGCUAUACUUCUAUUGAUGAGGCCCAGAAUUGCAUUGGCUUUAAUAUUCUGUUGGGAGCCGCCCAGAGUGGCUGGGGUAUAAAUAAAUUGUUGUUGUUGUUGUUGUUGUUAUUAAAGUUGCAUUCUGCCCUCUCUGUUUCUCUUUUGUGUGCUGCCACUACAGUGGUGCCUCGCAAGACGAAAUUAAUCCGUUCCGCGAGUCUCUUCGUCUAGCGGUUUUUUCGUCUUGCGAAGCAACCCUAUUAGCGGAUUAGCGCUAUUAGCGGUUUAGCGGCUAUUAAAGGCUUAGCGGCUAGCGGCUAAAGGCUAUUAGCGGCUUAGCGGAUUAGAAAAAGGGGGGGGGAAGCGGGAAAAUAUUCUCAAGACUCGCAAGACAUUUUCGUCUUGUGAAGCAAGCCCAUAGGGAAAUUCGUCCUGUGAAGCGCAUCGAAAAACGGAAAACCCUUUCGUCUAGCGGGUUUUCCGUCUUGCGAGGCAUUCGUCUUGCGGGGCACCACUGUACCUUGUGUCUCAUGUGCCACCGUAGUGCCAAGAUGUCUUGGACUGACCAGCAGUUCUUACACAGCACCUGAAUUCUCUCCCAGUGUUUGAUAAUGCAGCAGUUCUCUGGUUAUUGUCGGACUGAGUCAUAUGUUGUUGUUGGAUGUGUGUGAAAUCACAAGCUUAUUAGAUGGUUUGAGGCUCUUUUGUUUAGCUUUUCUUCCCACCUCCAUCUCCAUCUGAAUCAGACCCUCCCGGCUCUGAGUGACUUCCUAGUGUCUGUCAGGGUCUAAUAACCUUUGGGUCUGUGCAAAUAAAGGCUAAAGAUUCUCUAUGCUUGUUGUUCAUACUAGGUACUUCUUUAGAAAACAGUAAGCUUGAGAAAAUCUAUACAGCCCAAUCCAUCUCUUUAGAAGCCUAUUGUGAAAUAACUGCCAAGGAAGGCAAUGUGGGUAGCUUGGGAUUCUGAAUAUAAUACUGUUCUCUGUCAAAGUCAAAGUGACUUAGGUUAUGUAUUCAUUUUUGCUCUUGCAGUUUUUCCAGUGCAAAUAUGUACGCAUGUGACCAAAUCUGUAAAAUGUUUGCAGUCACAAGGUAAAAUAAUGAAGCUGUAUCUAAGUAUAGGCCAGUCAUCAGUUUUGACCAGUCCCUUUCACUUCAGGAAUGUUGCCCGCUAUUUAUAUUUUUGUUCCAUGUACCAUAUAUCUAUUUUUCUGUAUGUUCAGUCUUAUGUUUUUAAUGUAGUACUGUAAAUAAAUCUAGCCAAGAUUUCAUUUCCUCUUUAUGUUAACACAUAAAGAGUCAUGUUGUAUUUCCAUUUCCAGCUAUUUCAGCAAUAAACUGCAUGCUCCUGCCUACUGGAGCUGUUUAUUUUAAUUACAUCAGGAGAUCUGAACCUCAGUCUGUGACAUCACAUAUAAGUGGGGUCAUUGUAACAGUGAAAAAGUCUGUUAAAAUAUCAGACGUCCAUAUAGCAUCAUCUCACAUAAGCAGGGCAAUUUGUGUUCUGCUUUUAAAACAGAAAGGGAGAAAUCCUGCACAGAGAUUAAGCAUAUUUGCAUAGGGCUAAUUACUUUGCCUAAUUUGUGGCCAAACUGCAUGUCAGAGUUCAAAAACAAACAUACACACACGGUUACUUUUAUUUUUUAGGAAAAGCAGCUGGUGGGCCCUGAAAGUGCCAUUAGCAGGGGCCCAAUCUAGAUUGGGAAUAUGGUGCUGGUCCAGUGACUCCCCAGGCUCUGUUCCCUUCAAAAUAAAAGUAGUGUGACCCUAUUCUUUUUUUUCUGGUUAUGAAAAGGGCAAAAAACCAUGCACCUAAAAAUGGGACUUGCUGUGCAUCUUUGUAAUUUCCAUGGAAAAUUAAUGGAUGACCCUUGACAACGUGGGGUGCAGUGAGGUACAAUAAUGGCUUCACUCUUCUAUCCAGACACCAAAAAGCAGGGGCUCCUGAGGCAGAGGCAGAGGCAGCAGAUACCUUGAUCUGCUAUCCCUAAUAGAAAAACCACGCUGAGUGCCUGCCUUGUCCUCUUCCUUUAAUCUGUUUUGCCUGCUGCAAGAGUGGUUGAUGGUUUUGGCAAAUGUGCCAGAUUUAGACAACAGUGUGAGUCAGUGCCAGUCCAGUAGCUAUUGCAGUAUACAUGCCAAGCCCUGUGCUUUGGUACGUGUGUCAGAAAAGUCUUGCUGGAUCAGACCAGGGAUCAACUGGGUGACCCCCACGCUGGCCAGCUGUGGCUCUUUGUCUCCAGUAUGUUGUUGGCUUGCCCUCCCCCCAUGCCUAAGUGUGGAUCGUGCCAACUUUGGCUGACAGAAUCUGGCAACAUCUGGAUGGCCUCAGGUUCCCAGUCUCUAGUUUAGAGGGAUAUUUGUUGCUGCCUCUGAACAUGCAGCUUUUGUUUCACUAUUAUUAUUAUUAAAUAGGGCACAUGACAAGACAUUUAUUCUAUAUAAGUUGCACCAUUGUUGUGUUACAUGGGUCCCAAGAAACAUAUGAAAAGCGCAUUUCAAUUAAUAUAUAUAAGAAUCUCAAAGAAGAGAAUGAAGUUAAAUUAUGUAGUUUUUUUCUUUUCAUUUGUUGGGGGGGGCAUGUGUUUUUGUAACUAAUGUAACACACUAAACCAUCAUACAUUUUAGUGUCCUAAGCUCAUCUAAUUUUGUUCCUAAUGCAACAUUUAUUAUCAUUUCUCCAAAUGAGAAACCAAAACUAUCAAUACAAUAAAGGGCAAUUAACCUAGACUCUGUUUUCUUGAGAGAUUUUUUAACUGCACUUAGGGGGGAAAAUUAGACAAAUUCUGAGUCAUGCUUUGCUUAUCAUGCUUCUGGUUGUUUUAUUCAUGUGUAGAAUACCAUCUUGAGAAACUUUUGCCAGAUACUGAACUUUGGAAAUUUAGAAUGAUAUAGAGCAUGGUAACUAUAUGUGAAAAUGAAAAAUGGGACAGUAGAUUGACAUGUUCAUGGAAUUCCCCUAUUAUCUUAUAACAAAUUACAAAUGUGUUUUGGAUAAUGUUGGAUUAAAAUCCUAGUGAUGGAAAUAGAGCAACUGUACAGUAGAGUCUCUCUCUCUCUCUCUCUCUUUCACCCACCCACCCACCUCAAGUUCUAGGGUGGGGAGGCCAUCCUUGUGCUGACCUUUGAACCCAGCAGGUAUAGCCAUCCAGAAGGAUGAGAAGGCGUCUCUGCUGACCUGGUGACUAACUUUGAUGACUCCUGACUCAGGAUGGCAAGGGUGGAAAAGAAGCAGCAGCAAAGCAGCAUGCUACUGUGCAUUAGCCGUUUCCAUGCACUCACCCACCUGGAAAUAUUGCAUCUGAAGGCCCAGGGGAAAGGGCCUGGUCUUAGAGAGUUCUCUAGCAUGCAUCAGAACACAGUGACCUCUUAAGAAAGCACCCUUGUGCCUCUCCAAAUGGCAAGACAGGAUGGGGUUUUACAAGAGACAGCGAAGAAUAGGGACUGUCUUUGGAAAAGAGAGUGAGAAUACGUUCUUUUCCCUUGGUGAGUGGCUGUCAAGCCCAAGUCAGAUUUAAGGCUAAAAAAGCUCAAGGAGGGAGAGCAGGAGAAGCCCAGAAGUUCUCCAUCAGCAGUUGGCACCUGGGCAGCAGGCUGAGCAGGUGUGCAAGUCUCCCUGGGCACAGUCUUCACCACUAUUUGCGGAUGGAGUGCCCUUCUGUUUGAAUUGUUGCAAUCCUUUCUUUCUUUCUAUCUAUCUAUAUAUAAGCAUGUGCAAAUGUGUGCCCUCUUUUUUCUUCUUGGCCAACUAGAAUUGGCCACCCACCUAUUUCUUUGUCAUCUGUGUCACACCUAGCAUAGUAAUCUGUGAUUAUCUCCAUUAGAUACUUCUCCAGUAGAAAUGGUAAUACAUAAUUCAUGCUUUGCAUAAUUCAUUCCAGAUUUGUAAAGGAUUUAUCCUUUUGCGUGAAACACUGUUACUUAACCUUAACUUCAAAAAGAAAGUUGUGGGCUGUUUUUUGUGUGUGAGUUUGUGUGGAACACUCUGGGUGGGCGGCUUGCUUUCACUCAGAACACAAUUUCCUUGCUAGGGCUCAGCCCUAGAAUAAGUUGAGGCGGUGUCUGUCAGUAUUGACUGGUCAUAGUAGCCAGAAUUCAUGCCAGUGGGCCAAUGGGGAGGAUUUCCAAGGGUGGUAGUUGGCAAACAGGCUUGAACCUUGCAAUGUUCAGUUGCAGAAAAAUGAGAAUAACAGCUCUUUAAGGAAUAACAAUCUAUCUGAGUAAUAAUGUUUUUGUGUCUGGAAUUGACAUAUACUUCCCUGUUUGCUACAAAGCCACAUCAUCCUUCCAUAUGAGGUUGGGUCAUUGUGAGUGGCAGCUUAUUUUGGGCACAGAUACAACCUGAGUCCUGCCUACUUCAGAUAAUUGUUUUCCUUAGAAAGGCCUCCCUCCCUCAAUGAGGGUCAAUUCCUUUCUUUCCUUCUCAACAAGUGGGCCCUUCAACAAAAUGUUGCAGUUUCCCUCACAUGUAGGGCUGUUUUGAGCCCUAGGCAAGGUUAACAACUUGCACCUGCAACACCCCCCCCCACAUUGCUAAAUUCAGUUUUCAAAAACAGAUGUAUUGUAGAAAAAAAUGAAAACUACAAAACUUGAAAUUGCUAAAUUUAUUUUAAAUUGCAAGAAUAUAUAAUACAACAACCUUUAAUUAUCUUUCUGAAAUGCAAAAGAAGAUCCAAAUCUCACUUUCCAUUCCUUUUCCUUUGUAAAUUUCCCAACCAAUUAUUUCAAGUCGAGCCCUGAUGCUAGGGCAUGUUCAGUGGAUAUAGCUGCCAAACCAGCAACUAGUUUCUUCUGCAACAUUGUUGAGCGUAUGUAAGUUUUUAUAAGUUUGAGCUUUGAGAAAUUGCGUUCGCCACUUGCCACUGACAAGGGAAGAAGUGUGAGAAUGAUCCUUAGAGCAACAGAAACAUUAGGCGCAUUAUCCAGGAGUUUUUAUUGUAGUAUGAAGAGAAGUUCUCCUUGUAGCUGCAUAGACUUUGGAAGUCUUUGAACUAUUGUUAUAAGUUCACAGCACAGAUCUUCAGCAUCAAUAUUUUUGCAGUAGUGGUUUUUCCAAAUUCUCACAGGCAUUAAGUACAUCUUCAGUAGAUUUUUUUUGUUGAUACUGUAUAUAUCAUACAGGUAGCCAAAUAGGGAAUUAUAAUGUUAUAACUUUUGGAAUCUCUCUUCAACAUAACCACUAAUCUACUCUAUGGACUAUCUAUUUCAAUUAUACAUAAACAACAAUUCUAAUGUAUGAAUUACUCAAAACUGAUAAAAGUAAAAGAUUAUCAGAAAUUUAUACGAUAUAACCAAAACUAAUCUGUAUAAAACACCCUGUCCCUCAGUGGAGAGUACUUCUCCUCUCUGAGUUUUGUACCCUCAGCAGCUGCCUAGUUGGCCCUGCUGAGCCUGUGGCUGAGGAUGUAGGUAACAAAAAAGUUAGCUCCAAAGGCAGGAAUCCCUAAUUCCAAGUGUUUUUCAUCUGAAAUAUUUUAAUAGUUCAAUAGUUCAGUUUGCAGCCAAGCCAAUGGAUUUGGCUGAGGGGAGGCGGGAGGAGGCAAACUAAGUCAUCCUACUUCUGGUUGCAUUUAACAGUGGAUUAUGAGCAUAGCCCCCCUGCCACUUGCAGUAGAGGUAUAAUGAUCAGCUACAUUGCAGGCUUGUUGUGCAUUAUUUUCUCAGACUGACCUGCAAUCUGAGGAUAAAAACAAUGGAUAGCUGUAGCCCAUCUCUCAACCUGUGAUGGGGUCCAGUAUCUCUGGACAACACUGGAAGCUUGUUUUUUGGAGCCUGACCAGUGUAUGAGCUACACAGCAGGGCUUUCAUAAGACACUCUUUCCUAACCUGCAGUUUGGGGGAUAAUGGACUGUAUUAGCUGUGAAAAUUUGCAUUGGCACUUACAUUUUUAAACUUCUCCUGCUAAAGAAGAACUGAAUUAGAGUAGGAGCUCUUGUCUUUGCUGCUGCCUUUUGGGCUUUUGGAGGAUGGAUUUGCUGUUGCCCAAUUGUGCCUUUAUUAAAAUACAGGAUUUCUUGAAUAUUUUCUGUUCCAGCGGACAUAUAAAAAUUGCUUUACACUGUGAAUCAGGAAGUGACCUUUCCUGACAUUGGUGCUUUCUUCAUAAUGUGUCUCUGCCCCCCUAUUUCAGUUGGCACCCCCCAUCUGAGCCACUGAACAUUCUGUACUUCUAAGUUACUUAUGGGGCAGUUCCACCCCCCCCAGGUUUUUUCUGCAGUUUGUGGUAUUCUGCACACCUCCUGCUCAUCCCUUUGUCUGCUGAUGCCUCUCUCAUGUAUGAAUGGUGUCCUUUGAGUUAUGUAAGUGUGAGCCUGGUAUGCUUUUGGUAUAUGGAAUUGAUGUGGGAACUCUUCAAUGUAGUCUGUUCCUAUGUCAAACUUGUAAUGGCUGAAUUCAGAAAACAUGUGGGACAAAUGGAUGGUGAUAUUUAAAUCUCUAUUAUUACUGUAAUGAGGAAUAAAAAAAUAAAAUGUUAAAGCUGGCAGCUCUUUCUAUCAAUGUGUAGCUACAGUUUUGUAAGCAAAAGCUACCUUGCACUUUCUUCAACAUCCACAGUCAGACUUUGGUAACAUGCGCAUUUAUGUAAAUGUAAUAGGCUUUAAUUGAUGAAAAAGCAGGUCACUAAAAUUCUCUAUUUGAUUGUUGGACCUAUUAAUUUGUGCGUCAAAUAUAUUUUUAAUAACCGUUGAAAAACAACACUACUGUUGCAUUUACUGAAACAGUGUUUGGAUUUCUGAAACUGUACAAGGCGAGGGAGGGAGGGGUGAUCUAGGUUAAUUGGUGGCUGGCAGCCUGGAAAGAGGACUGUCUUGUCUGCUUUGUUUCUUAGUCUUGCAGCUUGCUGAAAAAGAAAAAGGAAUGUGAGCAGGAAGUUAAUAAAGGUUUCUGCUUGCUUGUCAGUUCCCCUGGUGGCAGAACUGUGGCAUAAAGGCAUCCUAUGCCUUGUUCCAGAGUUCUGACAGGAGGACAUGAUUUUAACUCACUCCCCUUGCUCAGCAGACUGGAUGAUGUCACCACAGGUCUUGGCUGCACAUUGAGGGGUUGCCCUUGCCAUGUGCAUCCUGCUGUUGCUCAGAGCUCUAACUGGCUGUAUCUUAGUAUCGGUUCUUUCUCUGUUGUAUUUUUCCUCGAUAGCAUCAGCCAGUAGUGUCAGGCUCUGCAUUCUUGUCUUUGAUUUAGAGCGUAGCUUAGAAAUAUGCACAGUUAAGUCUCUCUCUCUCUCCCUCUCUCUCUCUCUCUCUCAUAUCCUCUGGCACCUAUAGAAAAGGACCCUUCCGACCAUAAGAUUUGAGUGAUAUCCAAUGUUAGUCAUGCAGUAUGACUUAGUUGGAUAUCACACCCCUUGCUUUCAGUAUGAUAAGCCUUUAGGACACUACCUUCUGAUCCCCACCCCCUACAUAAUCUGCCACUUAGAGGAAGCAAACCUUGCAUGCUGAGCUUAACAACAACAACAUACCUCUUUAAAUUCCUUAUGGAUGAAUAUUCUGCUGCCAUUCACUUGGAAGUGUAGCUCUUAUUUUUCAGAUUGGUGUGCGUGUGUUUAACUACUGUCAGUUGUAUACAGGAAGUCACAGAGGGGUGAGCAAUCUGUUCUUAGUAUUUAACUCCAAUUUUAUUAGUAAGGAGAACUUGUGGUUUGCUGCUUCUGCUUGUGUUAAUUCCCCUUAAGGAAAACAAGAGCUAAAAUUUGGGGUGAACUAUUCAGAAGGCCAACACAUCUCAGUGAGACGUACCCUAUAGCUCUUCAUAUGUUGUUUUCGGAGUUUACAAUUGUUUAAAUAGCGAACAGGCUUUUUUAAAAAAAUAUGAAACUACCUUACACAGCCAGACCUUUGAUCUGCCCCAUUGCCUGUGGUAGUCCAAAGUCUCAGUCAGAGCCUGCCCCCCCUUCCAUAAUAUCCUUUAACUAAGGAUGCCAGGGGUUCUAAGCAUGCGCUCUGCUUCUGUUUUGUUGUGCUGCUUUAAUGAAGGCAUUCAUGACAGUGCCAUUUUUUGUGUGGAGACUCAGAUCUCUUCCUGGCAGUAGAAUGUGUUUUCUCUUCUAUUAAUGCAAGAUGCCAGAGGUCCAAAGAAAAGCCCACAUAUAACUUUGGCUGCAGUUCAGUACUUUUUUUUAAAUGCAGUCAAUUCUGUGGUAGAACUCCCUGGGCUGCAUUUGGAGGAACUCCAGAAUUUAAAUAAUCAUUAUUUAGAUCUCACUUCUAUUAUUAGUGAUGGAAAAUUGCUGAGUGGGGCUUCCAGGGAUACCUUGUUUCAGAAUUAGUAAGCCUCCAUUGGGCUGCUGCCAAACCCCAGCAGGCAGGCCCGCUUUAGAGGAAUUGAUUUAAGGGGACUGCAGAGCAUUUGCAAAUCCAGUUGAAGGGCAUGACAGCUUUGGGUGCUCAACAGCUCUGAAGAUCAAUAAUGGAGCCAGCAACUGAAAUGUGCAAGAUCGGUCAUAAACAUGUUCUUCUAGAUGCUUUGUAAGAAUAUGUUUCAACACAGCAGCAGUAUUCAGAUGGAAUAUGAAACCAUGGGUUAGUACUGUUAAGAACUACGCUAGCAGUCCCUGGGCUCCCCUGCUCCCCAUUCACCAGUUCCCCUCCAGCAAUAGCCGUGAAGAUGGGAUGGAAAACACCUGCUUCCGUUACGAUGUGCUGUGGUUUAGUGUGGCAUCUGAACUCUGAAUUGUGGUUAAUCUAAACUAUGGUUUGUAGAAAUGAGCCACCUUCAUUAGCUGCAGUUGGAAGUUGGCUUCCUUUCACUACCCAUACUUAAGAUUAACCACUUUUGUGGUGUCUUAAGGUUAUGUGAAGCACAGAUUCAUAGAGCUGGUAAACAAUGGUGUGAGUUUUCCAGAAAAAAAUCAUUGACCUAAAUUGACCACCUUGAUAUAUCCUAUAAAAGUGCAGUUUAUAAAUAUUUCCAGUGAAUUUUUUUCUGGGGAUACUCAAAGGAUAUGCAGGACUGGCACCUCCCCCCCCCGAAGAAAAGCACUGAGUAUUUCAAUAAAUAAACACAUACAGUACAUAAAUAAUAAAGUUGGUGAAGUGAACCAUGUUAAUUUUAUGUGCUGUGUAAAUAUCUUGAAAUGUUUUCCCAAUAGUGAAAAGUUUUUGAACUGUAAUGCUUAAUUGGGGGCUGAAUCAGUAAAAUACACUUCAUGUAGCUUAAAUGUCACAAAAUAUUGAAUCCAAUUCAAAGCUUUGCCUGGAAUUUUUUUUGCUGAAAUACUUUUAUCCUCUUGAAAAUUUCAAACAGUGUAAGCAAUGUCUUAAAUGUCUUAAGAUAUUGAAGGCAUUUAACACACUAAUUUCAUAUUUCCUCAGUAUUUAUGCUUUUGCACCUAUUAUAUAUACAGCCAAAAUGCAUCUUAAAAACUUGACUGGUAUGCCCAAUCUGUGGGCAAGAGGGUAUCUGGGUCACUCUGGUUCUUUUCUGUUGCCACUUACCUUUUGCAACAGGGUUCUGCUGGCCUUUGAGCAAUGAAUGUCUAGUGCCACCAUCCUCGCCUCUUUAACUAGCAAGUAUUCCCAAGGCAGGGACGCGGGUGGCGCUGUGGGUAAAACCUCAGUGCCUAGGACUUGCUGAUCGUAAGGUCGGCGGUUCGAAUCCCUGCGGCGGGGUGAGCUCCCGUCUUUCAGUCCCAGCUCCUGCCCACCUAGCAGUUCGAAAGCACCCCUAAGUGCAAGUAGAUAAAUAGGUACCGCUUUAUAGCGGGAAGGUAAACGGCGUUUCCGUGUGCUGCGCUGGUGCUGGCUCGCCAGCUGCAGCUUCGUCACGCUGGCCACGUGACCCGGAAGUGUCUUCGGACGGCGCUGGCUCCCGGCCUCUUAAAUGAGAUGAGCGUGUAACCCUAGAGUCGGACACAACUGGCCCGUAUGGGCAGGGGUACCUUUACCUUUACCUUUAUUCCCAAGGCGCUUGCUGUGUCAGGGCAUGGCAUGGCAGAGAUAAUAAUGGUUUUCGUGAUUUGACAGAGAAAAGUGAUCUAGAGUGGCUGCAAUUUUGUCAAGGUGAUUGUUUCAGCUCUGUACGUAUCCAUAACGCUUUAUGCUGCAAUGCUUUGUCUACCAGCUGGCUUUUAGAUGCUUUCAUCUUCCUAAACCCUGUUUGCUGGUCUGCUUCUGAGCCACCAUCGGAGAUGGUUCCCUUUCCCCUUUCAAUGCGCAUGCAGUUUGUUAAAACAGGAAGUGAGUAUUAAAAGACAUUGCCAAGAAAAGUCUAAAAUUAAUUUUCCCAAUUAGAAACUAGACAUUUUCGUGAUCAGAACAACAGAAACUCAACCAUCUUGGUAUGACAUAUCCUCUUUUUGUGCAAAAGUAUCACUGACAGUGACCACUAUGGCAAGGGUGUGUGUGUUCUGUGUCGCGCUUUCUGCUCCGCCACACUUUUGCCAGAGGGGACCAUUGCCAAUGGAAUCCAAGCAGGAGCCCUAACACGUUCUCUGCAUCUGACAAAAAUUAACUUGGUAUUUUGAAAACAUGGUGUUUACAAAGCAAAACAACAGCCCCUUUUGCUCAGGAGUUCCCAGUCUAGAUUUUAGAUUGGGAAGGGCAUAAGUCAAGGAAGGAGAGAAGUGGCAGUUGUACAUACAGCUAAUCCAUUUUUUGUUGUUCUGGAAUAAGAUUCUGUGUGAUCAAGAAGUAUCUGGGCAAUGAGUUACUACGACUUUAUUCAAUUGUAUUAAUUGUUUUGAUGAGUUUGUUGCUGCUGUUUGCUUUGUAUGCUUUUUAAAAAUACUAUUAUGAUUACUCUGAGCCACUCUGAGCUCGACAUUUGUCACUCGAAAAGCAGAAUGCAAACAUUAAAUUAACUCAACUUGCAUAGGGUUAGUUUCAGUUGAAGAUCAGUGUAAAUCCUUUUGAUUUUACUGUUGGCCUAUUAUGAGGUAGAAGGUGAAGCCUAUUUCUGGUGUGUCUGUAACUGCUUGCUCUGCAAGGUCUGUGAAUAUGUUUUUAGAUUACUCCUAUCCUCUCUUGUUCAUCUAACAAUUAGGUAAAAGUAAAGGGACCCCUGACCAUUAGGUCAAGUCGUGGCCGACUCUGGGGUUGCGGCGUUCAUCUUUCUUUACUGGCUGAGGGAGCCGGUGUACAGCUUCUGGGUCAUGUGGCCAGCAUGACUAAGCCGCUUCUGGCAAAUGGCGCACGGAAACGCUGUUUACCUUCCUGCCGGAACGGUACCUAUUUAUCUACUUGCACUUUUGACAUGCUUUCGAACUGCUAGGUGGGCAGGAGCAGGGACAGAGCAACGGGAGCUCACCCCGUCGCAGGGAUUGGAACCGCCAACCUUCUGAUCAGCAAGUCCUAGGCUCUGUGGUUUAACCCACAGCGCUACCCGCGUCCCAAUGUCAUCUAACUAUUAGAUUCUAGCAAUUCGCUUUGACCGUUGAGCCUCUUGAUAAUCUAGUGAGAUUUGUGUAAAGUGCUCAUUUGAGAAUGGAGCAGAUGCUGGAAGGCGUUGAAAUAAUGGGGAUUUUCUCUCUCUCUCUCUCUCUCUCUCUCUCUCUCACACACACACACACACACACACACACAGCCCUGGGAGUCCUCAUAAGGAAGCUGUGCCUGGAGGAAGAACUGUGAGGGAAGAGACUUCAUCAGGCAAGGCCUCCUUCCACCUGCCUUGCUCCACCCUCCAGUCUCUGCUUCUCAAUUUGUAUUGUAUUAUUUUAUGCACUGUGGCUUGCCGUUGUUUUAUUGAUUGUAGUUUAGAAAUUAUUUAGAGUGGGUUUCUGUUUUAAUUUUAAUAUGCUGAUAUUUAAUAUUAUAUAUUAAAAUAAUAUUAAAUAUUAUUUUAUACUAUUCUAACGAUUGUUGAAUGUUAUUUUAUUUUAUGUAGGUUGCUUAUUUUAAAGUUAUGUUUUAUUAUCACAUUUUUGUAUUGCAUUAGAUUGUUAUAAGGUGUACAUUUUUUGUUUCUUCAGCUUCUAUUCUUGGGUAUUGUAAGAUAGAAAAACGGUAUACAAAUUAAAAGUGAUGAUGAUGAUGAGCAGGCCGUGGCAAUUAAAGAGAACUGGAAACAGUUUGAAGAAGGUACAGAGUUCUGAUCACUGCACCUCAAAACAGAUAGUGUAGACCUAUGACUAUGAUUCUAUGACACAGAGGGUUUUCUUCUUCAGAACACUGGAAUUCAUGGUCAUCUGAUUAACCAGCUUGGCAGGAAGUUCAGGACAGACAAAAGGAAUAGCCUCAGUUUAUGAACUUCUAUGCCUCAAACAGCGGUUCUCAACCUGUGGGUCCCCAGAUGUUGUUGGACUACAACUCCCAUCAUCCCUGAGCUCUGGCCUUGCUAGCUAGGGGUGAUGGGAGUUGUAGUUCAACAACAUCUGGAGAACCACAGGUUGAGAAAGACUGCUUAGAAGAUGUCUAGGUUUGAUGGCUUUAAAGGGAAACUAGACAAAUUCAUUAGACAAAAGUCUGUCAUUGGCUAUUAGCCGUGUUUGAUGGUGGCUGUAUGCAGCUUCCAGGUUUCAGAGAUGAUAUGCCACUCCAUUUCACUUGCCAGGGGGAAGAGCAACAGGCCCUCCUUCUGCCCCUCCCAGAGGCACUUGGUGGGUCACUGUGGAAAAGGGGGAUCUUGAGCUAGAGGGAGCUUUGUUCCAGCCCAGCAGGGCUCUUUUUAUAUUUUAAUAUUCUUCUCACCAUUUUUAUUGUAUGUAUUUAAGUGGCUAUCAUGCCCCAUCUGGCAAACAGCUGUCUAAAACAAAAACAUGUGAGAUAUAACUGGAGAAAAAUAGUUUUGGAGGGUUGACGUGACCUCUGCUGGAAGUGUGUAGAAUUUUAGAUUAUGGAAGAAGGGAUUACUGCCACCUUCCCCACUUUCAGUUCUGGCCUAGUUUUCCCUUGUGUCUGGGUUGUAUUGCCUCAGGCCAAGGUAGUGUAGAAUGGGUUUUAAAGUCAUUUUUGUAAAAUAAUUAUGAUCAAACUAGAUAUUGUCCUAACUGGAAUGACAAUCUUUCUCCCCACCCCAGUCAAGCAGUUUAGGAUCCAAACUACAGCUUGUAGAUCCAGUGGUUCCCCCCCGCCCUGCUUGAUUUAUUUAUUUAUUUAAAAUGUUUACAUCCAAACCCCUCAUGACUAUAUUAAAAGCCAAAACCACAAUAUAAAACCUAAAGCAAAACAAACAAGACCUUAUAUUUUUAUCAUGGAUAUACAGUCCAAAUGGCAGCAGGAACAGAUUAAGUGCAUAGACCUCCCUCCUCCUGCCCAAAGGUCUGGCUAUUCAGAUGAUGAUAUUGGUGAAAAGCACUAGCUUCAGCUAGUGAGACAAAUCAGAACUGGCCAUGAUAAUUCCUGUGGAUUCUCUAUAGGUGCGCUAAGAGGGAGAAGCAGUUUCUGGUGAAUGGAAAUUAUUUCCCCAUCCUUGAACAAGGCACUCUCCUCUUCCUCGUCAGCCAAGGGACGGUUGGGAGUGGACCCCCUUGUGAAGAAGAAAUCGGAGCCCACUAUAUGCCCCCAGCAGUUCCUGUGAAGGCCUGGCCUGCCCUGCCACACACCUGAUGUCAUAUAUGAUGUUGUGUAUGAAGUCAGGUGUAUGGCAGGUGGGUGUGACUUCCCCCAACAACCUCUUGGGCCAAGGUUUGAUCAAGAACCAGAGGUGCCUUGCCCUUGCAGUCGCCUUUUAAAGAUGCUUUGGAAAUUGCUGCUGUUGCAAAAUGUCUCUGAGUGGAGCUGGAGAUCAAAUAAUAUUCAGUAGCUCAUCUGAUGCUACCUCAAACUGGUUGGCUGUCCUUUUCCAGGCUCAGUUUAAAGUGGUUUCAAAGUUAUGCUAACCUUUUAAAAUCCCUGAAUGAUCCAUUCAGCUAGGACAACCCCUGAGCCCUCUUUCCACACAUGAAGCUGACUGAUUUCUAAGCUUAGUUUCAGAGGCCCUGCUCUUUGGCACCCUCAGAGAGUCCACAGGCAGCCACAAAGCCUUUGGGCCGUGGCCCCAGCAUUCUGCAAUUCCUUCCCCGAGAAGAUGUGUUGGACUCCUGCUCUUCUUGUUUUCAGCUGAGCUUUAAAAACUCUCCCAAUUAAGGCAAGCUUUUAAUCUUUAGCCAUUUUGUGUUGGUCUGCUGCUGCAUUUUAUUGCUUUUUCCUUUGUAAUUGCAUGUACUAAAUUUAGUGAUUAUUUUAACAUUAUUUGGGUCUUGUAAGAUGCUGUGGAUAUAAUUGUUUAUAGAAAAGUGGGAUACGAAUUGUAUAAAUAAAAUAGGCAAGGGCAAUGAUUUUCCUUUUUCAUUCAUCAGAUGGUUUCUAAGCUGUUUUUAAAUCUCCCUGCAGUGCAGGAUCUGCCUUAGGCAUCCUUUUAAACGAUUCUCUUUGUAUCUCAGCAUUUUAAUCUUAUAACCAAAGAUUUUGAGCAAACCUGUAAUUAAGAGUACAAAGGCUUCUGGUUGAGAAAGAGAUUCAGCAUGCUGGAUGCCCUUUAAUUGGAAAUAUUCUUAAUUGCUUUGAGAUGGAAAGCAAGGAAAUAAGAGGUGUACUGGUAUACUAAGCUAAGCAAGAUUUAGCUGAGCAACUUCUCUGGACCAGGAAUCAAGGUUAAGCUCUCUCUUUCUGCUCACUAACCACAGGCUAUUGCCAAGAUCUGCUUAUGGUUAGUGAGAAGAGAGAGCUUGACCCAGAGCCCUAGAUAUGGGGGAGGAGGGGCUAGCUAGGAUUUUUGCCCCAGGUGAAGCCUCCAGAGGCGCAUCAUUGAGGGUCCCAGCCUGUGUGUGUGUACGCAAAUGCACGUGGGUGUGCCAAACUGGGUCUUUCACCCAUGGGAAAUAGAGCCUAGUUUUGCCCCCGGCUUAACCACAUUGGACAACAUCACUGAACCAAACCUUGGCUUCUCUCAGUGCAUUGCAGCAGUGAAAGCUACCAGGGAGGGGCACUGUGUCUGGGAGCUCACACAGUCUCAUUAGGCCAAGUUUUGGCUUAGUCCGCCUUGCAAACCAGACCAGUACGGUAUUUUAGAUUACAUUGGGAACAAAGAAAUAGUUCAACUUUACUUUAGCUUGCUUAUGGAGCAGAUUCAAUGGAUUGUGGACAUUUUAAGGCUGGCAUUUUAAAGAAUGUUGUAUAGCAUUUAAUUGGUGGGUGAAAUUAAACUGUUUCCAGGAAGUUGUAGAAAGUAAAAGAAAGAUGCCUAGAUGAGUGACUUCCUAUCUUUCCCCUUUUUCUUUCACACUUACCUUAGAUGGGAGGUUGAAAGGAGAAAAGUUCUAAAUGUAUUUGGGGUGAGAGCAGCUCCUGAAACUUACUCCCCCCCAUGGGUGCCAACUUGAAUAAAAUAUGGGGGGCAGGUAAGCCCCACCCUGCAGUAUCAAUCCCAAGAUGGAGUGCAUACACACCAUCUGAAUGGUAAUGUCCCUCAACUUUGAGGGACCCAGCCCCCUCAAAUAUUUUAUUGGGGAGCUAAAGAGACCUUGGUCCCUAAGAGUUGGCUCCUAUUCAUGCCCUCCCCUUAGAUUAUAAGGGGAUUAUAAAUGAACCUUUAUCUGCUGAAGAACCUCUGCAUGUUGCAAAGGAUUCUGGGCAGUGCUCUAGGUUGCAGGCAACUCAUGCUGGGGCUUCAUUGCUGCAGUGUAUAAACAGAGUGUAAACAUGGCCAUCGCUCCUGUUCUGCACUGCAGAAGCAGAUCGGUGGUAGUGGUUUACCUGUUGCUGCACCACUACUGACCUUCAGGUAAAGCAACCACGGCUAAUACUGCGAAGGCUUUCUCAAAACCACAAGUUGAGACACAGUUCUAUAGACUUGAAGUGGACACCAACUGCAAUGGCCAAAAGCAAGUUUGAAGGUGUACAACGAGGCUGGGGCAGCCGAUAUUGUUGCGCAGCAGCUCCCAUCGUUGGUCACCAUUGGUCAUGGUGGUGGAAGCUGAUGGGAGAUGCAGUCCUCCAACCACUAGAGGGCAACAGAUGUCCCUCCUGCUGUAGAAUUAGCACAGCAGACAUGUCUUAGACCAGAUUCCCCAAAGCUAAGAUGCCUAAAGCUAGUGUGUUACCAUGGUGUUUUGCAUAUGGUUGCCUCGUUUGCCUGAUGAAAGAGUCUGCACCUCUAUUUCAGGAGUGCCUGUGCUGCUUAAAACGCUGACUAGGUUUCUUGGCCCGUUCUUGAAAUGUGAAUUCUGUGCUGUGGAUUUCUUGCACAUCUCUCACUAUGCCCUAAGGCUGCCCUGGAUUUUCUUAUUUUAAGCCUUGUCAGUUAGUAUCUUUAGACACUAAGGGAAAUGCUGGAGGGGAGUUUCCUCAGCAUCUCUCUUCACAGAGGACAAAGGCAAAAGAGGGUUCUGGGAGCCAGGUGCCUGUGGUCUAUACUGGAGGGUGGCUCAGACUUGGGCAGGAGCAGGCCUGGGUUCAAAUAUCUGCUCAGCCGAGAAGGAGACUUGAGUGAUGUUUGUUCUCUCUCUCCCCCCGCCAACCCAGUUGGGGAGAGGGUUCACCCUAUAUGCACAGCCCAUAAUUCCUUGGAGAAAGGGCAGGAUACAGUUGUGAUUACUUGUAACCUGAUCCACCUGCCUAUCAUGUUAGAAAUCUGAACCACUUGCAGUUCCCAUCACUCCCUUUGAAAAAGGAGGUGGAGCUGGAAAACAUGCACAAAGGGGACUGAAGCACAUUCUGUCUUGAAGAAAGAGUAGAACAACUAGGGCUUUUAGUUUAGGAAAAAAGGAGCAUAGGAGGACAAGAUAGAGGCGUAUAAAAUGAUGUGUGGUGUGGAGAAAGUAGAUAGAAGUUUCUCUCCCUCUCUCAGAAAACCAGGGUGAUCCAGUGAAAUUGGCUGGCAAGAAAUAAAUUUCAUUGCAGCUGCAUGUUUGGUAUAUAAAGUGUAUAUAUAUUUUGUAUAUAUAUACAAAUGUGUUAUCUUUGACAGUAAAGGGUUAACUCUCGUCCGUGUGCAUUCCUUGUCUGGGGUGCGCCCUUGGCACUCCAGGUAUGAUCAGGGCCAGGCAGGUCCAACUGCAAGUAGCCUGAGAUCUACCAUCCAAUAUCAGAAACUGUCAGUGAUCUACCACUCUCUCCCAUUGUCAUUCUUCAACUUCAAUUUAUUAUAUUUGGCUGAGCUUAUGAUAAAAAUAAUAACAAAUGAUUGUUGCUUCCAUAAAACCUGUAAAGUUCAUCAUAAAUCAAUAUAUUUUUAAAAAAUAAAUACUUUGUAUACUUGUAAUAACAUAAGGAAAUAGCAUUGAGGACAGGGUCCUACACAAUCAGAACAUGAUGCAUGGAUUGUUGUUCACAAAAGCUCAUGCCAUAAAAAAUGUGUUAAGUCUUUAAAGUACCCCAGGACUCUUGCUGUUUUUCAAAUGAGUCAGGGACGCAUGUCAACCACAGUGGUUUCCUCCAUAGUUCGAAACAGAAACUGGGUAAACUCAACUGCCGAGUUGACAGCCUUCGAGCACCACCUUAAGAACUGGAUGAAACCUGUAGAAGCCCUUUCCCCUGGAUCCAACCCACCCCUUCCUUUCGAGUUAACCUAAACCAGCCCUUUCUCUCUCUGAGGAGCCAGCGCACAGGGCUGCACACCCACACCCCGCCCUGCGUGGGCAGGAUGGCAGCAGCCAGGAAGGAUCCCCUCUCCCUUGUGUGUGGUUACUUGGGAGUAAGCCUCACCGCGCUCAGUGAGAGAGCUCCUCGGUUUACAGCGGGAAGGGGGGGGCAAGGCAGUCCUCUCCUGAAGGGCGUACGCCUCCGUCCGCUUGCUUCUUCUCCUUCAGAGAUAAAGAGGGAGAGAGAGAAGCCCGGUGUGCUGGCUCCUCAGAGAAAGAGAGAUCAAUCGACAGAAAUUGACGAGAAGCAAUCACAUGAUCUACAAGUCGAUCCCAAUCGACCUGUUGGACAGUGCUGGUCUAGGCAAUGCAGGGCUGGCCUGGCCUGUGUAGCAUGAACCAUGAAUGUUUUCUGCCCUCCGUGUGUGUUUCCAUAGGGGCAUUUAAAAACACAAGAACUAAUGUUGUUGCUUCUAACCCAUGGUAAGUUGCCCAGUUUUUACUUCCUGUAAAUAAAUGCUACAAUUACAACAACGAGGUCAUUGCUAACUUUGUGGAGCAAACACAGGGAUAUUGGUCUAAGGUUACCAGCUUUUUUUCAAUGAAUUCGGGGACACCUUUCAACUUCAGUAGGAAUGAUAGGAUUUUGUCAGGGGAUUGAUUUGUAAAUCCGGGGACUGUCCCCGGGAAAGGAGGACGUCUGCCAACCUUAUAUUGGUCUGUGCCGCAGAGCAAGCAACCUACUUGUAGUAAGUACCUGUCGGAAGCAUGGAGCUGUCCCCAGUCAAGAUUCUGAGAGCGGUUAUUGCUUGUUCCUAAAUGUAGUUCUUUCCAAGAACAUACAUAUAGUAUGUGAGUUCACAUGUCUGUGUAUAUAGACACAAUAGCAGAUCUAGGUAUGUGUGUGUGUGUAUGAUAAAUGUAUACAUGGCUUUGGUUUUAAUUCUUUGUUUGGCAUUUUGCUGUUCUUAUUCCUGCUGAGCAUGUAUCUGAGCAAGGCACUCAGAGAAGCAUAGAUGACUUCAGCCCAUGUGUAGCGGUCAAAAAUUUAGAGUUGGAUUCCUCCUCUGCAGCAGUUGGAUUCACAGUCUUUGACUCCAUUGUCCCACUUUUCUGCCUGGCAGCAUCUUCGUUGUAUGAGUAACGAGUUUGGCGUGAGGUGUAGGAGUGUGUUUGCCAGUGACUCAUACACUGCAGACGGGCAAAAAUUGGGUUGGCAUGUGAAGCAGUGAAGAAAUAGAGCAGGUCAGUCCAUUUAAAGGGCAUUGGGAUCUGGCAGCCGAGUGAAAACAUGCGGUGUGGGAGCCUCUUCCGAACUGAAAGACAGCCACAGGCCUAUUUGUGUUCUUAAGGGCUGCUGUUUAAUGAGAUAAUGAGGCAUUUCUUGAAUUACUGUUCUCCUACGAAUGCACGUGUGCAUUUUAAACUCACAUUUACAAAUUUGUCUCAGAUUUAUUUAAUGUGUUACUUUGAGCAGCAUCUUUGGGCUGGGUAGAAUAUCCUGGUUUGAUUUUCAGGCUAGAAAGGGUGCUCUCUCUGACCUGGGGGAGAAGGAGGGAGGAGGGUAAAGCAACUCUUCCCCAUAACAUUUAAUUAUGAGAAUAUUCAACUUUUCCCCAAAAUGUUUGCUGCUGCUGUUUUCCUGGGGUUGCUUCAUUGACACUCCCACUUCUUCUUGCUGGUUUUCUUUCUUUCUGGAUCACUAACAGAUACACUUGGCCAACUGGAGAUCAUGUAGCAAAUGGUGUCUACAUAGCCCAUGAUGAUGUUACUGUGGCAAAGGAAUUUGGAGAAAAAGAGACAACGUGGAAUCACAGAGCCAUAGAAUUGUAGCGUUGGAAGGGACCCCGAUGGUCAUUUAGUCCAGCCCCCUGCACUGCAGGAAUCUCAAGGUGACAGGUGGCCAUCCAGCCUCUGAUUGGAAACCUCCAGUGGAGAGUCCACAACCUUCUGAGGCAGCCUGUUCCCCUGUUAAACAUUAGUAGGGCAAUGCCACUUGUUUGUGAUAUGUCCUAAGAUUAGUGAGUUCUUUCAGCUCAGCCUGUGUGUCAAUAAGAGGAUCAAGAAUAAACUCGGUAGUAGUGGAUUGCUUAAUCUAAUAUUUUCAUUAUAAUCUUUUAUGCUUUUUUCCUGUAAAUGCUAAAGGGUUUAGCAAUAAGUUUAUUCCAAACCCUUGAGCCUACAAACACUUUUGAUGUGCGCAGGGAAUCUGGGGCUGGGUGUGUCUUAAUAAUAAUAAUAAUAAUAAUAAGGUGUUUCUUAAUAAGCUGAAUAAGGACAAUACCAGAGUGCUGCAUGCAUAUAGCUUCUGGUAAGGGUGGGUUUCACCUAGUGCUGUGCCAAUGUUUUCUCGUUGGAGUUCUCACCCCCCCCCCAAAAAAACCCCGUUUGUUUGUGAGUAACUAACUGUUUGGGAGGAAAGGAAAGUCAGGUGGGAGGGAAACAGAAUGGAAUGGCUAAAACACUGAACAGGCUAGACCAGGGAUAGGCAACCUAAGGCCCAGGGGCUGGAUGCGGCCCAAUCCCCUUCUCAGUCUGGCCCGCGGACAGUCCGGGAAUCAGUGUGCUUUUACAUGAGUAGAAUGUGUCCUUUUAUUUAAAAUGGAUCUCUGGGUUACUUGUGGGGCAUAGGAAUUCGUUCAUUCCCCCCCCCCCCCAAUAUAGUCCAGCCCACCACGUGGUCUGAGGGACAGUGGACUGGCCCAUGGCUGGAAAAGUUUGCUGACCCCUGGGCGAGACCCUCUGGUCUCAGCGUCUCCAGGGGAAGGAGGAAGUUCUCAAUGCAGGUAGCUAAAAUGGAGAGAACAAGCUAUUUUUACCUCACAAGAAUAUUUGCUAUUGACACGCUCCACCCUCAAGGUGCUGUGUGGUUUGUGUGUCCCAAUCACACCCUGCCAUGCUCCGUCUUCUAACUAGGUAUCCUCCUCUAGCUUCCAAGCUCCUCCUCCUAAAUCUUAGAACUGUUUUACAGUGCCCGACUCAUUCCUUUUCAAGCACCAUUGAAGUAAAUGGGGAAGAAGCAAGUCUGAAGCCCUGUCCCUUUGAAAGGAAACCUCAUGGAAUGAACUUGUAGUGGGAUACUUGCAAGUAAGCGUGCCUAGGGCUGGCAUGCACCUUUCCCAUAUAAACAGUUGCUGGACUGAUACAGCUCUUACCUGUGGCUUCUAGAAGCUAUCAGCAUGUGACUGGCCAGCUAAACCAGGUGAGCCUUGGUAGAUUUCCCCUGCGUGCAAAGACAGGCUCCAGCGGAUUUAGUGGACAUGACCAGUAAUGAGUCCAGUGGUCAAGAAGGCGGUUACUGAACAUGCUGUAGAGCGCAGUGAGGGGCAGGUGAGGCUCAUCUACCUGGGAAGGUAGCCCAUCUAGGAGAAGGAAAACUUUGGUCCUAAACCUCCAAUGCCUUGAGGGAUAUCUUUGUAAACCUUACACAAAUUCAGAGUGUAGUACCUAAGAUGGUUGGAUGGUGUCUUGUACAGUUUCCUCCGGCAACUCUGCAGCCAAGCUGGUGCCUAGCAUAUUGCUCUGCUUUCCUUUGGACCACAUGAGUGAAGCCGAGAGGGGGAUAUUGGUGGCUGGGCAGCCCAGGACCCCCAGACACAUGGCCCAGGCACCAUGUGCACCAUGGAUGUUGCUAAUGUAGCAGUUUGCUCUCACCCGUAGAGGCACACUCCAUUGUCUCAUGAGGCAGACGGAUGCCAACAUCAUGAAGGGCUUGGUACAUAGUGCCCAUGUGCAUAGUCUUGCAGAUUCUGUACAAUGAAUGUUCAUAGCGUAGAGCAGGCAGGGAAGAGAAUUCCACAAUUUGUAAAUGUUCAGGGGAAUAUGUGUGUUCAGAUUGGUGUGAGAAAAUGAAUACCACAAUUACACAAGAGUAUCUCUGUUUUCAAGUGUGAAAUUUUGGAGGAUUUUAUAUGAGAUGAGUGGCGUUUAACUGCCUUGCCUAACCUACAUAUCUGUUGGUCUGCUCUCUUACGCUACAGUUCACUUAACUGGUCUAUUACAUCCUUGAAGCUAAUGUGAAUGUACAAAUAAUUGCUUGCCAUGGUUCAUGGAGUAUCACAGCAAUGCCCUGAAGAGGUUAAACUGGGAGUUCAACAGAGAUACUAAAGCCCAAGUAAAAAUUGCUGCUGAGUUCUUCCGUGCCUGCAUCUGCCCAUUUUUAACACAUCUCCUGCCUCCUUUAUACUGGACAAUCUGCAUAAAUAAAGCUUCUAUGCUGAAGCAUCUCUCUCUGAAACAUUCUUUUAAGGGAGGAGAGUCCACCCCCUUCCGAGGAAAACAUAGAAACUGGCCACAGAAGCUCUAUGGCUGUAUUAAACUUGUUUUAUAUACACUGGCUCAGGAUGCUUGACAUGGGUAAGAAACUACUAAUUAGGUAUUAGUUAAGUAGAAUAGUAUUAAUAAAGUACACACAGGCUGCAAACUUCAAAGCCUCUGCAACCACUGGCCACAACAACUCUGUCUUCAGUUGGCGCAAGCCAUUCAUAAUCCACUGGCUCAAACACCAAGAUGUUAUAGAAGGUUUAUGGGCCUUUCCAGCCGUUAGUAUCCAAGACAUAGGGCCCUGUGGAUCUGCAUGCUACAGGUGGAAAGGAGUUUGGCCAGCACAGAUUGUACUGGGUCAGCUGUUUGGACAUUGUGUUUGUAUAAGAUUGAUACGUGAAUAGCACAUUGUGAGUGUAGAGAGAAUAAAUUAAUGGAAAUGAACGCAAAAGCUGUUGCACAUAAGACACCACGACCAAGACAUUUACAAACUCUUGUUCUGAUCAGCUAUUGAGACAACAUAAGCAAAACAUUCCAAAUGUUUGAAAUGUGUUACAUAAGUAUUGUGCUGUUAACGAAGCCGUAUUCUAGAGAGCCAACACAUUUCCUUCCCUUCGCAUUUCUCUGGAGAACCUGUACUGGUCAUCCUACAACAUGCAUGUAACAUCCAGUCAAUUCUGUAGGUAACGGUGAGUAGAAUAAAGAGCAGUUUGCAGCAAUGCCCAAAAUAACUUCCCACACUGACUUCUGUUGCCGGUGCCAGGAAACCAAAGAGAUUUUUCAAAAGGUUGUUUGGGGUUCGAUGCUCAUUACUUUACAUGUUAUCAGAAUUCUUUAACGUAACACUCUGUGGAGUGUUAAUAACUUCGAAAGAGACUGGAAACAUUUUAAAUUGUAUUGGAAUAAUGGAAUAUAAUGUUGGUAAUCUUGUUCCUUUAUUGAAAAUCAGUUUGGCAAUUUCCAUUGUGUACAAGCAGAAAAGUACUGUUUCCCCUCUUACCGUGCUUCUGUUUCUUGUUCAUAGUGAUUGAUGUUUAGUGUAAUAUUUGUCUUAAAAACCAAUCUACAGCUGCUUGAGACCCUGGCUGGGAAGGGGAGAUUCUUUCGUGGUAUAUGAGAGAGAGCUGAAGCAGUGUUGUAGUUUAAAGACAGUGUUACAAAUCAAGAAUGAGUGGAGUUCAAAUCUCGCCUCUGCCCUGAACUCUCCAAGAAGCCUUUGGAGAGCCUUGGCUCAGCUAGAGAGGGAAGAAUGUGUUGCCUUUGGUUUUCCCCAAUUUCUCAUUUUUACAGUGUUGAGUGCCCUUCACUCUCAUUUCUGCAUAAAGUGUAUGCACAUUUCUCCUAAAAGACACAUUUUAAAAACACAAUUGGCUAAUACAGUACAGUAUUUUUACAAGCCACUGUCUCUAGUAUACAGUGGUACCUCUGGUUACAUACUUAAUUCGUUCUGGAAGUCUGUUCUUAACCUGAAACUGUUCUUAACCUGAAGCACCACUUUAUCUAAUGGGGCCUUCUGCUGCUGCCGCGCCACUGCUGCUCAAUUUCUGUUCUCAUCCUGAAGCAAAGUUCUUAACCCGAGGUACAAUUUCUGGGUUAGCGGAGUCUGUAACCUGAAGCGUCUGUAACCCGAGGUACCACUGUAAUGGGUUUUUGCACAGUAACUGCACUUAUAUACACAUCUUUGUACACACUUUUAUUGGCAUUACAAAAUACAGAGAAGUGCAAAUUCCAAAGGACAGCUAUGCUUCGGUCACAGAUGGGUUCAGGAAAUGUAAUUUGGGUGGGUUCACAUUAAAACCUGAAGCAAAAUUAAUUUCUCCUCUAGAUUUAUCUCCAGUACAUGCAGAGACACACAAAUAAUGUAGGGAUAACCAAUACUGAACUGUGGGGUUGUUGUAAAGAUUACAACAAGAUAAUACAUGUGAAGAGGAAAUAACUGGAUAAUAAACCUUUUAAUUUUUAUUUAUUUAUUUUGUUUAUUAAAUUUGUGUACCGCCCUAUACCCGCAGGUCUCAGGGUGGUUACAACAUAAAAUCACAAUAUAAAAACACAAAAUACAUAAUAAAAACAAAAACAACUACAACCCAAUACGACGCCCCCCAAACCCCACAUUUUAAAAGGACAUUGGAUGUUGCUUAGCCAAAGGCCUGGUGAAAGAAGAAGGCUUUUACCUAGCGCCUAAAGGCGUAUAAUGAAGGCGCCAGGCAAGCCUCCUUGGGGACAGCAUUUCACAAACAGGGAACAACCUCACAUUGUAAGGAUUUGUACAAAGUAAGGAUGGAUGAGUCAGUGCUUGUAGCAAACUCCUUUAUCCGUGUGGUGGCUGCAUUUACUAGGAUGCACUUUUCUUUUCUGAUGUAUUGUGACAUUAUGAACAUUAGCCUUGUAGCACGUGGAAGUUAAACCCACAACCUUUUCAUCAUAUUAAACGAGGCCGGAAACCUCCGUCACCCUGAACUGAUAAAUGCACCUGGAUAAGAAGAACUGGCAGAAGCCAUGCCCUCAGGCCGUCAGAUCUCUAGGGAGAAGUAUCAUACAGUACACAGACAUUGAUAACAUUGCACAGUACCUCAGCCAAGCCACUCAUUAGCACAGAAUACAAUAACAGCAGUGUUUAUCUAGAGGUGAUUAUAUGGAAAUAAAUAUCUGUUUCUAUACACAGAAGACAGCUGUGAGUAGGUGGCUUGCUCCUUCAUGUACCUUCUGUCUCUAAAACACUCCACAGAAUUUGCCAAACUCUCAAUCAUAGAAAAGUUUAUCUGACACUGGCUGAGACACAAUACUAAGUCACAGUUCAGCAUUAUGAGAACAAUCAGUGGUGAGUCUCAGGAGAGUUUUUCAUCCGAAAUCAUGAUUUGAUCCUCAUUUGUCUGAACCAGCCACAGCUGGAGUAAGCUACAAUUUCUCUAAAUGACGGUAUAUUUCCGUGUAGAAGACAGUGCUUUUUGCUAAAAAAAAAAUUAGGCAAAAAUUGUGUGUUGUCUUCUACACGGAUGGUGAAUGCAGAUGGGGGAACGUGCGAUUAAUGGCAGCAGCAAGCAGGAGAUUGGCAGCGGUGAUUGGGCGGGUGAUUGGUGGCUGCAGCAAGGCCUGCUGGCAAUUGGUGGCUGCAGCAAGGAGGUGAGUGGGCUGUUGGUGGUGGCGAGUGGGCAGACGAUUGGCGGCUGUGGUGAGGUGUGCAAUUGGCAGUGGCUGUGGCAAGCGAUCGGCAGUGGCGGGCAGGCGGGUGAGCAAAUGGCGGAAGUGACCUCCCCCACCCCCCAAAAAGCUAAACAACUUGAUUUCUUAAUUUUGGGUUAAAAAACAUAGGGGUCGUCUUAUACAUGGAGGCGUAUUAUACACGGGAAAAUACUGCAGGCUGUGAUGGGCAGCAGAGCCAGGUUCACUACAGGCUUAAUUGGGGGCAGUUAGUGAUGGGAUCCACUACACGUGCCCAUGUCUUUGACUCAUCCUCCUCAGUUUGGGGCAGUUGGUGUGCUUCAGGGAAUGGUGUGUCUGAAUGUAGAAAUAAAUGUAUGUGACGCAAAUUCUGAUGUCAUGAAGAAUCUGCAAAAUCAGAAAUCAGAACUGAGGUGAUCCAGGGAUGCAGUCUUGCUACCCAAAGUGCCAUCACAAGAAAGUAAACUGUAUUGAACUCUGUGUGGCUCACAGCCUUAUUAUCCUUUGCAUCCUUUGUCAGAAUCACUUGUGCUUCCAGUACAAUACUAUCUAGUAGCAUUUAGAGGGGUUUUUUUUGGGGGGGGGAGGGGAGACCAGCAGAGCAAUCAGUGUUGUGGGGCAAUAUAUUUUCCCCUCAUAAUACUAGAACUUUGGGAUCACCCAGUACAGUGGUACCUCGGGUUAAGUACUUACUUCGUUCUGGAGGUCUGUUCUUAACCUGAAACUGUUCUUAACCUGGAGCACCACUUUAGCUAAUGGGGCCUCUUGCUGCUGCUGUGCCGCCGAAGCAUGAUUUCUGUUCUCAACCUGAAGCAAAGUUCUUAAUUCGAGGUACUAUUUCUGGGUUAGCGGAGUCUGUAACCUGAAGCGUAUGUAACCCGAGAUACCACUGUACUCAAAGUGAUUAGUAAUAGAUGCAGAAAAAAUACAUUUUCAUCGAAUGUGUAGUUAGAUUAUUUACUGCUAAGACAUAUCACUAGUUCAGAUGGCUUUCCAAGUGGGCAAGGAAUAUGCUCAGAAGAUAUGUCUUAAGGUUUGUUAGCUAUGAUUAACUGCAUGUUCAGAGGAACAGAAAGCUGCCUUGCACUGAAUGAGACCACUGAUCCAUGUGGCUCAGAAGUUGCUCUCUGGGGUUUCAGGCAAGAAUUUCUUCCAGGCCUACCUGGAGAUGCCAGGAAUUGAACCUGGGACCUUCUGCAUGCAAAGCAGAUACUCCCCCAUUGAGAAUAGAGCCCGUAGAGUCAGCAUAUCUGAGUGUCAAAUGCAAGGGACGCAAGGCAGGAGAGGUGGCUGUUUCCAUGCCUUGUUUCUGAUCUUCCCAGAAGCUUCUGGGUGGUGCUGUUGGAAACAGCUUGGAAUGCAUGAACCUUUGUAUCUGCAGGGCAGCUCUUAAACUUCACUCUCUCUGCUUGGGAGAAGGAUGUCAGGAGGAAAGGAAGGAAGCUGCCUUAUACUGUAGUGUGUUAUCCAUCUAGGUAAGUGUUGUCUACCUGGACUAGCAACAGCCCUCCCAAGGACACAGAUAAAUGUAUUUCAUAUUACAGUAACAGAGUCUCAUGAGUUCAAUAUCAUGCACAAAAUGAUUCUGCUGUUUGCAAGGGCUGAAGAAGAAGAUGACCAGAAAUGGGUUAUAUGUGCUACAAGAUUGAUCAUGAGUAAGUAAAACAGAAGUACAGGUUGGCCCAAAGGCUGCUGCCUUGUAAUUUGUUUUUGUUGUAAAUUUGCUACACUUAAUGAAGGGUGCCUUUUCUAACCUGUGUAUGCUUUCUCUACUGUGAGAAGGAUACACUGCUUGUGAUAUUAAUAGUAAUAUUGCAGUAUGAUGGCAAUGAGCCAUCUCAGAACAAGCGAGCAGUUGGGUUUGGAAUUAAUGAAGGAGAAGGUAAAAUAAAAGGCUUAUAAAUCAGUUGAUGGAAAAGCUAUGUGGCAAGCUUGGGGGUGAGGCAAGGCAGAUGCACAGCAAAAUGAAGGCAGUCUGAGCAACAGCAGCAGCAGAGUCCCCUAAUCCUUUGCCCAGCAAACAACCCAAAUCUGGACACCUACAGAAGUUGGGGACGUGUCGGCUGAUGCAUUCUGACCUAUCGCUGGUGGUGUGGCUUUAGUUUCUGCUGUUGACUGUAAUCGGUUUUAUGCUACACAGACUGAAUUCGUCCUUGAUUUUUCCCAGGUACCAUGUUGAGGAUUUGCUGCAGACUUGAGUCCUGACAUUAGCACCACAAACCUUUAAAAAUAUUACAGAAAUGGAGAAUAGAUUGCAAAACAUACUUAUAUUUAGGUUACCAGAAGAAUUAUAGAAUUCUUGAGUUGAAAGGCACCUUGAUGGUCAUCUAGUCUAACCCCCUGCAGUACAGAAAUCUCAGCACCUGAACACUUUUUUAAAAACCUGCAACCUACUGGAUUUUUUCAACUAAGUUUUACACAGAAAUUAAUGAGCAUGACUGAAGUUAGGUCCCUCAAUUUCAGUAGGUCAUCUGAGUAAAACUUAGAUGAAUACCACUUACUAAGUCUAGAUCAGCUGAACAAAGCCAUUUUAUUCAGUCCUAAUAAAAAUGUAUCAGGGAGAGAUGCUUCAGAAUAGAUGCUUUAUUUAUACAGAUUGUUUCUCCAGUUUAAAGGAGGAAGGAAAUAUGUUAAAAGUGGGCAGGUGCAGGCAUGGAAAGAAUCCGUAGCAAUUAUUACUUGGGCUUUAGCAUCUCAGUUGAACUCUCAGUUUAACCACUUCAGGGCAUUGCUGUGAUUCUCCAUGAACCAUGGCAAGCAAUUAUUUUGUACAUUCUCAUUAGCUUUAGGGACAUAAUAGGCCAGUUCAGAGCAUGUGUAGGUUGGCUGUAUUCAUCGCAGCAGAAUUUUUUAUCAGCUCAUCCGUCCAUUUCAGGUGUCCUGCAAUUUUAAAUCCAGAAAAUUGAUUUCAAGCAGUCUCAGUAAAGAUGUGAAGUUGAUAUAGAAUCAUAGAAUUGUAGAGUUGGAGGGGACUGUGAGGGUCAUCUAGUCCAACCCCUGCAAUGCAAGUAUCUCAACUGAAGCAUCCAUGGCAGAUGGCCAUCCAACCUCUGCUUAAAAACCUCCAUGGAAGGAGAGUCCACAGCCUCCCAAGGGGAUCCAUUCCACUGUUGAGCAGCUCUUACCGUCAGAACAUUCUUCCUCAUGUUUAGUUGGAACCUCCUUUACUGUAGCUUGAAUCUGUUAGUUCAAGUCCUUCCCUCCAGAGCAGGAGAAAACAAGCCUGCUCCCUCUUCCAUGUGACAGCCCUUGAGAUAUUUGAAGAAGGCUCUCAUAUGUCACCCCAGUCUCCUCUUUUCCAGGCUAAGCAUGCCCAACUCCCUCAAGUGUUCCUCGAGGGUCAGGUCAAGGUCACCCAGUGAACCUUGUGGCUGAGUGGAGAUUUGAACCUGGAUGUCCCUGGUCUGUGCUCAAGUGUCCCCCACCCCACCCCACAGAUGCAACUAUAGUGAGCUGCAGUGCCAUGAUCUCCUUAUAUAAGAAAUUUGAAAAAGGUCCGGUUCUUAUUCAGCCAGCUGAAGCACCAUGAGAUUGUUUUUUGAGGGAGGCAGGUUUUAUUUUAUGACAAGCUGCUGUGUGUUUAUAUUUUAUAGUUGGCCUCUCUUGGCAGCUUCUCUUUAUUGAGUUAGUACAGCAUAGUGGCUAUCAGUUAAGAAGUUCCCAUUUCAGAUCUCACCUCUUCUGCCUUAAAUAUGUGAUGUCAUCUGACUUGGCUCACCAUCUGUGGGUCCUUGCUGCGGGAUCACAUUCAUCCAGUGCUUUACCAACUGCACUGGCUCCCGGUGGAGUACAGGGUCAGGUUUAAGGUGCUGGUUUUGACCUUUAAAGCCCUAUGCGGCCUAGAACCCACGUACCUACGGGACCGCCUCUCCUGGUAUGCCCCAUGCAGGACCUUAAGGUCCACAAAUGACAACAUUUUGGAGGUCCCAGGUCGCAAGGUGGUUAGAUUGGUCUCAACUAGGGCCAGGGCCUUUUCAGUACUGGCCCCGACUUGGUGGAACGCUCUUCACAAGAGUCAAGGGCCCUGCAGGACUUGACAUCUUUGCGCAGGGCCUGCAAGACAGAGCUGUUCCGCCUGGCCUUUGGUUUGGACUCAGUCUGACCCUUAUAUUUCCCUCCCCUUAUGGUCUUGAUCUAUUGUCUACUUUUAAAAUGAGGCUGCAUUUUAAAUUGCAUUUUAACCUGUAUUUUAAAUUGGUUUUCCCCCCUUCUUUUCCCCCUGUUAUGUUUUUACUGUGAUUUUAUUGGUGUUAGCCACCCUGAGCCUGGCUCUGGCCAGGGAGGGCAGGGUAUAAAUAAAAUUUAUUAGUAUUAUUAGUAGUAGUAUUAGUAUUAUUAUUAGGGAUAAUGGUGACUUUACAUUUCAGGGGUGUGGAAAAGAUUCUUUAAAAGAUGAAAGAUGUACAGGAAGAACUUUGCGCACUCAGAAGCAGCACUAUAUAAAAUUGCAUUAUAAAUGCUGAAUCUUUUAAAUUUUUGGAUAAUUAAAGAUUGCUUAAUUAAAGUGGUCUUCCCUGAAAGAAAAGACCCUGCAUACAGAGAACUGGUAUGUAGGUUUUCACAUCCCCCGCUAGGAAACAGCUUUCAGAUAUUCAGCUUGAAGGAAGAGCUUUGUCACUUGAGGUUUAUGGCUGUGCCUUUGCCUAGGAGUAGAGGCAAAGUGACUCCUGCUCUUUCAAAAUCGGUGAGUUGUUUAUGCUCACGAGAUUGUCCUCAUUCACCCUACAAAUGAUCUUGUUUUUAUUUCUGCUAGAAGUGCUUCAGUUGGCAGCAGGGACUGGGUGUACAGCUUCCUUUCCUUUUCCCCAUGCCGUUUUGGGUCCCUGUAGGGUAAUUAAGAGGGGACCUUUUCAAGAUAGUAGCAUAUUUCAUGCAGGCUAAUGCAGGAGUGGUAAUUAAAUGAUUUGCUUUCUAUGUGGGGUCUUGCCAACACUCUCUUGGCAGUGAGAUGCAAGCCUCCGUCACCAGCUGACAAGUCUCAGCAAUAACCUGUAGUAAAUAGUGAUAAAAGCUGCGCUUCACAUGAUCUGCACAAGGUGCCUUUCUAAUGAUGCUUAACUUUUCUGUUCUCUCCCCCUUAUGAUAUCUGAGCAAACAGAAAUACUGUACAUUUUUUCAGGAUGAAGUCUUCCUUCUGGUAGUGCUGGAGCUGAGUGAUGGUCACUGUUGCAAAGACAAUGGGACCUCAAUAAGCCAACAGUCUGAAAACACCCUGUCCUGGGGGAAACAUCUCCAGUCAUCUCAGAGUGAGGAAGCAGCUAUGCUUCUCCUUUCCACUUCCCCUCCUCUGAAACCAGCAUGCUUACGGCAGCUGAAGCUGAGGGCGGGCAAAGCAAGGAAGAUGCCUUGCUCAAGUUGUCUAUAAGCUGAAAAUGAUUGCCUUGUAUUAAUGACAACGACUAAUAAUGGUUGAUCAUGAAUCUAAAUUAUUGCUGGGGCAAGCAGGGACACCGCUGUAGAAAUGGGUUCCUAAAUGUCAUUGCUCUUCCUUUUUGCCGCUGAGAUUCCCUCCUCCAAAGGCCCAGCGCAAAGUCCAGUUCAAUACUUUGUCCUCUUGGCCAGUUUUCUCUCCUUCUUUCACUCCCUGGGGUUGGGGAGAGCCAACUGGAGCUGCCGCUCACCUGGGGCCGGUUGGCAAGGGAGACAUUUGUUUCAAACCUCCACUCUCAAAGGAAGUUGUGUUAUAUAUGAGGUUUGCGUGGCUUCCACAUAAUAAAAGGUGGGACUUAACCGGGUAGGAUCCUGCUAGGAAACAAAUGGAAAAAAUUGGCCAGCAUUACAAGUUCAGCCAUUUGGUGUUUUAAAAACCGCUGCAAUGUGGGUUCGGUGGUUCUUAAUUGUCAUCUUGAUUGUGAUUGUAAGCUGUUGGUUUUUAAUACAGUAAUGCUGCAACUUAUGCUGUGGUUGCAUUCCACGGAUCAUGCCUAAAGCCCUAAUUGUUUCUAGUCAAAACCCAUUGGCUUCAGUGGUGGUUGGGAUUGCCAAAGUCAUUUUUCCUGGAAACCCACCUCCUUUCCACUUCUUUUUAUUUUUUAUUUACCACAUAUGUAAAGCUGACGGCACACAAGUUAAAUGCAUGUAAGUUGUGGGCCUACUGUCUUGUGUUUUAAUGUUGUAACCUGCCCUGCGACCUUAGGGUGAAGGGCAGACAAGGAAUAAAUCAAACCAAUCAACCAAUAUGGAUCUCUUUUCUAAAAGGUUGUUUCAAAGAUGACCGCAUUGUAUUCUGGACUUGGAUGUUUUCCACUUACUUUAUGGAGAAAUGGGCCCCCCGGCAAGAUGACAUGCUCUUCUAUGUCCGAAGGAAACUGUCAUACGUUGGUGGAGACAAUACAGAUGGGAAGAAGGUAAGUUGGGUAAUGGAAUCUUACACCCAAGAGGCACAUUUUCCUUCAGGUUAAGUGCAAUUUGUGUUUUGGCACUGCCUGCAUUCUGAGCAAUGCUGUGUGUCGAGAGAUGCCGUAAAGCUUGGAUAGACUCUUGGGAUGUGCUGGCUUAUAAAAAUUAAAGAUAUUUUUACAUGAAAUAUUUGGCCAUCAUGAUCUUAGGCAAUGAAAUGGGAAAGAAUACUACAAUUAUGUGUUCUGGGGUGCUUUGCCACGUUAUAGCAUUUAGAACCCGGAGGCCAUUUGUAUGACAGUCGGUGCUUGCGAUCAUGUGGUAGGUAUUAGCUCAUGUUAUAAAAUUCUAGAGGAAAUGAAACAUACCCACUUAACAACCACUCGCCACAUUUCCCUGAAUAUAAAGUUUGUGAAGCUGGCCACAAGUACCCUUAAAUCGACUUGAUUUGGAGCUAUUUUGUGAUGAUUAAAAAAUCCACUUGGAAGUCAGAAGACAAAUGCAUUUUGUUUCUAGAUUGGACAUUAUGAAAUGUAAAGAUUGUAACCUGAUGUUGUUGUUGUUUUUCAAAAAUGAUUGUAUGAUAUAGCUCAUGGGUAGCAAACAUUUCUCAGCCAGAGACUUGCGUUCCCUCACAGGCAAUCUUCUGGGGGAUGGAUGGCAGUGAUGGGCAGGGGCAGAAGUGGGUCAGGCUAUGGGCAACAGAUGCAACAGGGCACAUUCAACUGUGAAUAGUCCAAUGUUUCUACUCUCUCUCUCUCUCUUCUCCCUCCAGGCAAACAAGAGCCAUUCUUGCAGUUCAGGGAUACAUUCCAGCCAGGCAAAACCAGAGCAAGGCAAGAAGGGCCUGGUCUUGGGAGAGUCUCAAGGGCUAACUAGAGAGACUGGGAGGACCACAGUCCAUCCCUGGGCUUCGUAUUUCCCAGCCCUAGACUUAAGGGCUGCAAUAGAGACUUCAGGGCUUUGCUCACGUUUAUUCUCAUAGAGAACACUGUUCCGUUUGUGAGAGAGCAGCAAAUCACACAUAUGCUGUAUCAAAACACAUUGACGCAACGUGAAGAACUGUCUCUGUGAGACAGGAAUUGUUUCUGUGUAUAUUUAUGUACUUGUGAAUACUCAUACCUUGGUUUUCGAACAGCUUAGUUCUUGAAUGUUUUGGCUCCCGGAUGCCGCAAACCUGGAAGUGACUGUUCUGGUUUGCGAACUGUUUUUGGAAGCCAAAUGUCUGACGGGGCUUUCGCGGCUUCUGAUUGGCUGCAGGAGCUUGCUAGCUGCAAUUUGGUUUCCAAAUGUUUUGGAAGUUGAACGGACUUCUGGAACGGAUUAUGUUCGACUUCCAAGGUACAACUAUAUUUGAAACUUCCUGGUACCUGAGAAUUUGCUCAGAGUCAAGGCUAUACCAUAGUGGAUUUCAGAAUGUGUUCUGGAGAGCUCUUGGAGUUCCUCAGAAGCUUCUUGAGGUGGGCUGCAUUCAUGAGAAGCAUUCAUGAGAAGCUUUUUCCCUGACAAAGAGCUUGCCCAGUCCUGGCACCUUUCCCCUGCCAUAUGCAGCUACCAGAGAAUGCUGGUUGGGUCAGGGCACAUGCUCGAUUUAUGUGGCACUAGACCCUGUGUGAGGGACGCGGGUGGCGCUGUGGGUUAAACCACAGAGCCUAGGACUUGCCGAUCAGAAGGUCGGUGGUUCGAAUCCCUGCAACGGUCCCUGCUCCUGCCAACCUAGCAGUUCGAAAGCACGUCAAAGUGCAAGUAGAUAAUAGGUACCGCUCCGGCGGGAAGGUAAACGGCCUUUCCGUGCACUGCUCUGGUUCGCCAGAAGUGGCUUAGUCAUGCUGGCCACAUGACCCGGAAGCUGUACGCCGGCUCCCUCGGCCAAUAAAGCGAGAUGAGCACUGCAAUCCCAAAGUCGGUCACGACUGGACCUAAUGGUCAGGGGCCCCUUUACCUUUACCUAGACCCUGUGUGAGGUGCACAGGAAUUCCUCAGCAUGCACCUCUAAGCAACAGAAGGUAGAAAAAAAUGUUUGAAGAACUAUUGCACAGGGCUAUACAUUCCUCUCUUUCUAGGAUAUUUGUUAUCCUAAAUCUGGACUACUCUGUUUCUCUUAGAACUGCAGGAGAGGAAAUAAAAUGGCUCUUGUAGGCAUCUGUCAGUAUCUCCAACUCAUCUGCCCAGGUGAAGAAUUGAGUAGGUGGCAGCUGCUGUGGCAGCAUCAAUGUGCUGGGGGAAAUAAGGCAAGCCAGGGAGUGGGAGAGAUGGAGUGAAGAGCUAUCGAGCGAAGCAGGAAAUGGGGAAGGCUGGAGCAGAAGAGAAGCGGGAAAAUAUACAUGAGUCAUUCCCUCCUUUACUUAGGUAUCACUAACACCACUUCUAGUAGCGUAUUCUUUCCUUCUGAUAGGUUAAAAGCUUGAUUUAGUGAUAGAUUACAGGUUGAUGAAAUGUCUCUUCCUUUUUAUGAGUCUCGUUUAAGGCAAAGUGCAACCAGAUGUUUAUAUGAUAAUGUAUAUUGAUUUGACAUAAAAUGCGACCUGAAAGCUGGAAGCACUGUAUAGAGUAAAUCUUCUCACCAGUGCAGAGGUGGUUGUGUGAGGAGGAGGAGGAGGAUGCAAAAUUUUCCAUUUCGUGCAGAAUGAUUGCUUCCUGUCAUGGCAGAAAUGUGGAUCUGUGCAUGCUUGUGUUGGCUCAUUGUGGCAUAGGUAGCUGUGGCAAUUUUGUUUUCAAUGAGAGAGGAGAAAGUGGCAGCUUGAUAUGCCAUCAAUUUGUGGUCUAAGUUGGAGAAAAUGAGAAAUCACAGUGUUUGGAGGUGACAAGACAGUGGGGAGGAAGGAGAACCUCCUUUGGCUCUCUUUGCUUCUCCUACCAUGGCUGAUCUUGGGUCUUCAACACAGUGGAACAGUCGGUGCCCUGAACCCAUGUGGUGAGAGCCCCUAGAUAUGUAGACCAGGGAUGGCCACCUUCUGUGUUCUUGGAAGCCCCUCUUUUCCUGACUGUGGCCUGGUGUAAGGCUCUACAAUAAGAUGAGCAGAAAGAGCUCUGCGUGUGCGUUCGGUGUGGACACUGCUGGGAUGUUGCAUUCGACCCCAAACAAAGAUGUAUUGUUAACAUGGGAAGCAUAUUUCUUUCCCUUGGCAAGUGGCACCUUCUUCUGCCCAUCUCUCUGCCCAGCUCCUCUUCCCCUUCUCAUACUCCACACUGCGCCUGCAAAAAACAAACUGUGCAAACAUUCUUAUUUUCACAUACGUUGUCCACAAAAUAAUGUUAUUGAUUUAGAAUAAUUUUAUAAACUACUUAAUCAGACACAACCCUGAGUUGUGUUUAUGUAAAAUAUAAUAAAAUAAUUAUCAGUGCUAUAUGAAUAAAACCACACUGCCUUUUUGUAUGCAUUUUGCUUUUGUUUUUUAAUUAUUUCUCUGAACUGGGAACUGUGUUUUUGUCAAACUUUGAGAAGUGCAAAAACCAAAGAAGAUUAGUCUGGGAUGUGCAAAUCAAGUCACUUCACUUGAAAUUGUGGACUGGACAAAUCCUUGAGCAUCCCCAACGGCUGCUGUGCCCUUAUGGAGAAAGUGGUCAUCCUCCAUAGUCUGUUCCCUUGAUCCUUUCAAUUACUUUUCCUUGCUGAAACAUGGCCUUCCUCCCUUUGACACAGCCCACCAAUGCUGCCUCCUCCUCCUCCCCUGCUCCUCACCCCCCACAUCCCUAUCCUGCUGCUUUUUUACCCUCUGCUGUCCUUUGCAUCCCCAUGUUGCUGUUCUCUGUCACCCUCCUGAUGUCUGGCUAGUCACCUUCCUCGGCAACAGUGCCCAUUCUCUGCAGUGAGGUGAAAUUUCAACAUUCAUGUGGCUAGUCCCUCUGACCUAGCUGCCUCCCUGUCUCCUCUCCCUUUCCUCUUCCUUUAGUCUUUGCCUCUGAACUGACUCUCAGCACACACUGCCUUGGGCUCUCUCUGGAUCUUGGCUUCACUAAGGGCUGCUUUGUGCCUGACCUCUCUGAUGUGGAAAUCUUGUGUCUCCUUGAAAGUCACGCACUGUCUGUCCUCCUCAUGUGGUCCUUCUAUGGUCCACUCAUCCAGCAGCCUUCUCGGAAGCAUUAUCCUGUCUUCUCCUGUUGUCCUCCUCCCAGUGUGAAAUCUGGAAGCCCCUAGUCAUGAACCGGCCCAUGGGCGGUGGAUACAGAUUCAGUCAUUCUGACUCAAGGAAUGAGGCAGUUGAGUAGCUCGGCAACUGUAUCCAUGACUGAGCAGUCCUAUUUAGGAUCCACUCUGCUCACCCUGAAUAGGGGCAAGGGCUAGAAAAGGCGCCCGAAACAUAGUCUGCCUCCCUUUUUCCCUGACUGGAUAACUGCGCCCAGUGGGGUCACCACUCAGCGAUCACAAAAGACAAUUGAAAUUUGGAACAUGGAAUAUACGGACUUUGUUGGAUAACACAGACAAGGAGCGUUCCAAACACAGAACUGCCAUCAUCACAAGUGACAUUUUAACAUUAAUAUUGCAUCGCUUCAAGAAACUCGAAGAGCAGAAGAGGGACAACUGAAGGAAGAAAAAGGAGGCUACAGAUUCUUUUGGAAAGGUCUACAUGAACAAGAACAUUGAAUACAUGAAGUAGGCUUUGCUAUCAAAAAUGAUCUUGUGAAGCUCUUGUCAGAAGUCCCUACCGGCAUUAAUGAGCGACUUUCAAACCUUUGAAUAAAACUCACCCAAAACCAACAGACUACUAUUCUAAGCGCUUAUGCACCAACACUGGAUGCCGAUGAAGACAUUAAAGACAAUUUUUAUUCUCAGCUGGAUGCCACCCUGAUUUUCAUGCAAGAGUUGGGCGAGAUUUUGAUCUGUGUCCUGGGACGAUUGGGAAAGAAGGAAUUGGCAACAGCAACCAGAACAGAAAUCUUACUUUUGGCUAUACGUGCAAUUCUUCCUGAAAUUGAAAAAAAGUUCUUUUUAAGUGCUAACUCAACUAUUGCACAUGCAAUUGCUAUAGGAGCCCAACUCCUCCCAGUCUAUUCAAUAACCUCCAUAGCCUCCUGUUGAGAAAUGUCUGGUGCGGCAUUCUGGAAUUGCAAAAACAGCUUAUUUAUUGCAAUUCUUUGGGUUUACUGUGGAUAAGCUGUGAAAUGAGUGGAACUUCUAGGCAGCCUUGAGCUAUAACACCUCUCAUAUUAAAUUUUAAAAGGGGGGGAGGAGAGAGUUUGGGAGCAGGUUGAGUUAAAGUCCAAAGGGAGAAAUAUUUGGAGUUCAUAAUGGUUACUUUGAAUUAGAGUAGUGGUGGCACCACUGCUUCUUAUCACUGUUCCUCUCAGUCUCAGAAAAGAAUUGCAAAAGACUUGUGAUAAUCUGAGGUUCAAACCCAAUUUUUGGAAGUUACAACCUUGAAUGACCACUGCUUUGAAUAAUCUCCCUGCCCUUCUCCUUUGCUUAUGUUUCUUGACUGUGAGCCUGUGGGCAGGGGCUACCUUUGCUUUUAAUAAAUUUGUAGCCACUCAAAUAUGAGUUUCCCCGUUACUUAAAGACACCUUUUGGUUUUUCCCCCUCAGCAGGUUGAAGUGGAAGUGUACCGCAGGGAUUCUAAAAAGCUGCCUGGCCUGGGAGAUCCAGAUAUCGACUGGGAGGAAAGUGUCUGCUUGAACCUUAUCCUGCAAAAGGUAGCCUAACCUUUCUGUUUCUCCAGGCAUUGAUUUAUUAAUAUAGGAAGCCCCUUCCCUUUAUGGAACACAGAUAUUUUGUCUGUGUGUGGUUGUGAUGGGAAGGCAGUUUCAUUGGCCCUGUGCCCUUUGCUUCAUACGGAUAUAGGAUUUUCAUCUGUCCAAAAUUGCCUGCGUUUUGACAGCCGGGCUGCCUGGUCAAGGGCAAAGGCUGUAGUGCAUUUCCUUUGCAUGCAAAAGGCUCACUUCCUGGCAUCUCCAGAUAGGGGUGGGAAUGUCUCCAGCCUGAGACACUGGAGAGCCGCUGCCAGUCAGUGUUGACAAUAUUGAGCUAAAUGGUAUAAGGCUGCAUCCAAGGUGGUCAUCCAUAUAUGAGCUCUUCAUGGAGUGCUGGGGCUUAUGUGUCGCUUGUGAAUUGAUGGUGACCUGUGUUGCUUGUUGCGCCAAGCUGGAAGAAGGCAUCUAAGGAAUCAGUCAAAGGCCAAUGGUGCCUGCCAUUUCCAGAUGCAGCUUUGUUUCCUAGCUGGCUGCAAGGCAAGACCAGUAUUUUGGGGAUUAUUUUGAAGAAGCAUCGUCCUUCUCCUUAGUGCAAAUAGGAUAAUGUAAUGGAAGCUGUCCAGCAGGCCCAAGAAGGGAAAAGAGAGAACUUCUUAAAGUGCCUUCUUGGGGUGAUAAUAGAAAUAUUGAAUAGUAGGGUUGGAAAGAACAGUACCCUGAAUGUCAUCUUGUCCAGGCCCCUGCAAUACAGGAAUGUUCCUUAAGUUUGGAAAGAAAAUCAGCUCUGUCCCAGAAUUUGCAUUCAGAGGUGACAACUUGAUUUUCUCAGGGGAGGGGGUGGGGAGCCCAACUUCAGUGCUUCUCAAAUAUUUAAGGGUAAAGGGAGAGGAUCCAGAAGCUGACUGUGCCACUUACCUUCCAUUAUUCAGUAGCAUGGCAGGUAAGGCACAAGAACCAGUCUCUUGGAUUUUGUGACAUAAUCAUUCCUCUGCCGAGCCACUUCAUGUGUCUGGGCUCUGCUCUUCUCAUAUCCACAAUCACUAACCCACAUCCAUCACAUAAACCUCAGAGGUCCAGCUUUACUCCAUUCUGUGUGUGCCCUUCUGUAUGUAGCUUUUGCUAAUGCCUUGUCUAUUUUUUCUUAGCGUUGUAAGUGUCUAGUAACUGUCCAAACCACCAAAAAGAAAGUGUUCAGGUAUUCUCUUAAAUCAGGGGUGGUGAACUUCUGGCUUUUCCAGUGUUGGACUUCAUCCCUCAUCAUUCUCAGCCUUUAUGAUUGAUUCUCAGGUUUGGUAGGGGUCCAGCAACAUCUGGGCAGUCACAGGUUCUCUACCCUGGUUCUAAAUAAUACAUAUGCUAGGAAGAUGGAAACUACUUACUUGUGGGUUCAUUCCAUAGCAGUAAUAAAGUGUAUAAAUGACUGCAAUGGCAUUGGCAGGUGUGAUCACAUGGGACUCUUCAUCCUGGGAUUGUCCAAACUGUGGGAAAGGUCCAUGUGAUCAGCCCUAGUCACUCUGGAUAUGUUCCUAUGUAAUGCUAAGCCAUCAUUGGUCUUAAAACAAGGUUUGUUCAGCAAACCAUGAGUUGUCUCACUGAUGAGCCAUGACUUUUGCCCCCAUAGUUUGUUUUGUUUUCCAUUUGUUCUUCGGUUGUGUCUUUGUAGCUUGGUGUUUGGAGAUAAGGUGGCCACACAAACCUAAGCACGACUGUUGAAGACUGGAUUUUCCGAAUCUUAACAUUCUUGUUUAACCAUGGUUAAUUGGGCCACCUUGGUCGUCUCUUCCACCCUGGUUGUGUUCCUACAUAAUGCUAAGCCAUUGUUGGUUUUAAACCUUGAUUUAAUAUUUUUAUUUCUGGAAGACCCUGACCUCAAACCACACAGAUUCUGUUUUUAAUGCAUAUCAAUGCAAAAUAUAUGUCUGUGCAAUUUACUGUAAUCAUACAUUGGCUGUGCACCAGUGGACAACCAUUCUGAAUUAUAUCAGCUAUAGAUGAGAACAAUUGCUGGUGAGAUUACUAUGUUGGAAUAUACACAGUUCUAGGUUGAGCUGGCGCCUGUCAUUUCUGAUCUAGAAGACAAUUGUCUCCUAUUGUGUCAGCUUAGCAGCUCCUGCCUUAGCUGUUGCACAGUAUGUUGGAGUACAGAGACAGAUCUUUGUUUCCACUUAAUUGACAGUCUAGACUUCUCUGCAGUUUUAUUACUCAUUGAAGAUGCUAGACAUCAUGUACACCCUGGGAGUUUUCUUGCUCAAAGUUUGGAAUCUUGACUUUUUUAAAAAAGAGAGAGAGAAAUGAUUCAGUUUUUAAAGCUGUUAUAUUGUUGAUUUACAUUUAGUUUUAAUCUGUGGUUUUAGCUGACUUGAGCACUCUUUAAGGAAAGACUGGAUUCAAAUUCCAUAAAAUAGAUGUUGGGUCAUUCUAGAAUGUUUGUCAUGUGCUGUGUUCCCUUUUUUUAGCCCAACAAUAUUUAAUUGUUAGAUCAGUCAACUAAAAAAGCAAGAACCCAUCUCUGGUGGUCAAUUUUCAUUUGGGGGAGCUAAAAGUUAAUGGUUCACCUCCUUGCUAUUGAGGCUGUUUUGAUUCUGGUGUACUGCUACAAUAGACAAUUAAAAAGAAGACAUGAAAAACGACAUAAGUAAAAUAAGCUAUCUUACCCUUCUGUAUAUUGAGAGUGUGACAGAAUUCAAACGCAUCAUCAACAAGCAGAUAACUUCUCAACUACAGUGGUACCUCGGGUUACAUACGCUUCAGGUUACAUACACUUCAGGUUACAGACUCCGCUAACCCAGCAAUAGUACCUCAGGUUAAGAACUUUGCUUCAGGAUGAGAACUCCGGUGGCGUAGCGGCAGCAGGAGGCCCCAUUAGCUAAAGUGGUGCUUCAGGUUAAGAACAGUUUCAGGUUAAGAACGGAGCUCCGGAACGAAUUAAGUACUUAACCCAAGGUGCCACUGUACAAAAUGUUGAAGAUGGUGUCUGCACUUAAAACAAAUAAAAUCCCUCUGCCGCCUCCCCCCCCAGGUUUCAGAUGUGUGGAUGUACCUUUCUGUUCCCCUUUCAGACUGGUUUUGCCCUUGGAGAAGUCCUCCUCUUUCUGUUGGCCUUUGUUCUCUGUCCUGCUAUAUUUAUUGUCACAGAGUAGGGAUAUUAAAGUUGUGAUGGCGAAACCUCUGCAGGUAGAAGUGUCUCUGGCUGCCACUGGCCAGAGGGGCCAACUCCCUGGGGCCUGAGCACCCACAAAAUUCUCCAUGAAGGGACUGAGCGCCCACAAAUUUCAGUGCCACUGAAUUGCACGCUGCAUUGCACCCGCGACCUCGGGCACCCAUGACUGGGGGCCAGGCUGGCACUCCUGCCCUUGGCUGACCUGCUCUGGUCUUAGGAAGGGUCAAGGUAAGCAGAAAGGUCUGGCAAAGGAGGAGUAGAGGAAAGAGGAAACAGGUAGCUCAGAACAAGAGGAGGCAGCAUGAUCCUCGUUUGAUAAAAGUGCUGUUUUUGAACUAGGCUGUGUGUGUCCUGGGAGGAGGGUCUCUGCAGAGCAGUUAGACAUUGACUGGGGAAGGAACUUGCCUUUAAAAAGCAGACCAGAGUAUUUAUGAAUCAGAGAGGAAAUGGAAACUGGAAGGUCACAUUUUCUCCUCUAGUUGCUGACGCUGGGGAGCAAAGCUUAUUGAAAAAGCUGUUAAGGCUGUCAUUCUGCUUUGGUUGUGUACAACCAUUAAUGCUUCUUUUCCAAUGCCUUGGUGUUGUUUCAGCUGGAUUACAUAGUGACUUGUGCGGUGUGUACUCGUUCAGAUGGAGGGGAUAUCCACAUUCAUAAAAAGAAAUCCCAGGUGAGAAGUGCAGCUCAUCGUGAGAAACUUGAAGGGACAGCCUUGAUCUCAGCCCCUUUCCCUUCAUGUACAUGCCAAUAUCCAUGCAGCAAGCUAAUAACAUCUUCCAAAUGGUUUCUUCCAGCAAGUCUUUGCAUCUCCAAGUAAGCACCCUAUGGAUAGCAAAGGGGAGGAAUCGAAGAUCAGCUAUCCAAACAUAUUUUUUAUGAUUGACAACUUUGAAGAGGUAGGUCGCUCACAAGAACAGAUGCCAUUUCUUGUGCUCGUCUUUAAUUUCAAAUAGUUGUGGUAGCUCCAGCCAACAGUGCUGUGUUUACUUAACGUAACUGCACUGCAUGGGAACAUCUGGACACAUCUGAGUUUGUUUCCUCUACUUGUAUUCCUUUUCCUUAGAAAGCUUGGAGCAGAUUAUGUGGGGCUCCUGACGGUCUCCCCUCUGAGCCUAGGCUGGCUCUUGGCUCCUCUGUUGGUACAGAGGACCUGUAAACAUAGAGGAACCUUACCUACAAGUGUUAAUCACUUGCAGACAGACAUAAUCACUUGCAGACAGACAGGAGUGUGGUGGAGUCUCCUUCUUUGGAGGUCUUUAAGCAGAGGCUUGACAACCAUAUGUCAGGAGUGCUCUGAUGGUGUUUCCUGCUUGGCAGGGGGUUGGACUCUAUGGCCCUUGUGGUCUCUUCCAACUCUAUGAUUCUAUGAUUCUAUAUGCAAAAUACUGUAAAGCAAGUUCAAAGCCCAAAGGAAAGACUUGGAAAAGCUCAGUAACUGUUUAACCUCGUUAAAUAAAAUGCAUGUCAAAAUUUUGCAGUAUCUUAUCAAAUAAACCACAGAGCCUAGGGCUUGCCGAGCAGAAGGUUGGCUGUUCGAAUCCUUGCGACGAGGUGAGCUCCCGUUGUUCAGUCGCAGCUCCUGCCCACCUAGCAGUUCAAAAGCACGUCACAAGUGCAAGUAGAUAAAUAGGGAAGGUAAAUGGCAUUUCCGUGCACUGCUCUGGUUCGCCCGAAGUGGCUUAGUCAUGCUGGCCACAUGAUCCGGAAACUGUAUGAAGGCUCCCUCGGCCAAUAAAGCGAGAUGAGCACCGCAACCCCAGAGUCGUCCACGACUGGACUUAACAGUCAGGGUCCCUAUACCUUUAUCAGAUAUUGCCAAAGGCUUAGAGAUUGUCCUUUUCCUUAGACACUCUGAAGGUUGGCCCUGGGCAAAACUGGAGGUUGUUAAUCCACCAUAUCCAGCCCCCCGACCUGCCCUUGCUGGCAGAGCAGAAGCACCUGUGUACUCUUCUGCCCUUCCUCCUCCUCCUCCUCCUCCUCCUCUUCUUUUUCUUCUUCUUCUUCUUCUUCUUCUUCUUCUUCGCUAUUUCUCUCCCAUUAGAAAUGAAAGGGUCAGUUCUUAAAUUUCCCCUGGACUUGAGGGUCUUUGGGGGGAACCACCUUUUGGCUCAGCUGAUGACAAGGUGGUGAUGGGAGACCUGGUGUGGUGUCUCUCUCUCUCCCUCUCCCUGUACCUCCCAGGGGUCCAGAGAGAGGACUGCAGCCUCACCAUGACUGUGUUGUGUUCCUCAGUGGACAGUAGACCGUAUGUCAGCAGAAUUGGGAGGGAAGCACUUUCUGAUGAUUGCCCCCACCCCAUGCCCCUUUUAGGAAGAACAGAGGUGUGCUUCAGUGGGGAAGGGGAGAUAAAUGGAAAUUGGUUCCCUCUCUCUUCAGUCACACAACGCUCAAUUUCUCUCCCCCCCCCCCCACAUUAUAUUGUAUUAAGUUAUGCUUUGUGAGCAUUUUGGGCAAUUUCAUGUUUAAUGCUCUUCCCCCUACUGCCCUUCUUGCUCAAAAAAAUAAAAUCGGAUACAUUUUAACUGCUACAAGUUUUAGUGCUUUCAGGCCAAUCAUUUGGAAUUUGCUUUUCAGAAACAAAGUCCUGCAUUGUGUGCCUUGAAAAGGACGCUUGUAUUUUGCAAUCUAUGUAAAAUAGGCGGCAGCAAAUGAAGUUAUCUAGAGCUGCUGUUUUUUCCUCCUUCUACUAAGUGCAAGUUUUUUGGAUGUUCAUUUAGGUGUUCAGCGAUAUGACUGUGGGAGAAGGUGAGAUGGUCUGUGUGGAGCUGGUGGCCAGUGACAAAAGCAACACCUUCCAAGGAGUCAUCUUCCAGGGAUCGAUCCGCUACGAAGCCCUCAAGAAGGUCUAUGACAACAGGGUGAGAGCCCUGCAGAAAUAUGGAAAACUAUAGGAAAAUAAAGUAAUGGAGACUGAUUUGGACUGAUAAUGAAAUGUGUGACACAUGAUUAAAGCAUUUAGGAUCCACGAUGGAGUGAUGGGAAGCCGUUAUAGAAAUUGUGUAUAAGGAAAGAAACUAAGCAAGUGGGAAUAUGUAUUUUUCUUUUUCUGAAUGUGUGCUUUUUUUUGAAUUCAAAAAAGCAUUAAAAAAAAGACAAUGGGGUGAGAGCCCUUUUGGUGAUGGUCACCUGCCUAGCUAGGUUGAUACCUCACAGGUGACUGCACUAGGUAUUGCUGCAUUUGCCUCAUUUAUGCCUAAAGUGACUAUUGGGAAGUGGGGUGCCUGUUUUCUACAACAACAUGGGGGAUAAAUUUACCCUGGUCCCUUCCUCAUUUUACCUUGUUGUUCUGCACUGCUACAACUCACUGGGAGAAAAGUGCUUAUGUGGUCAGGGAGCAGGGAGGGUUCAGUCCCAGUUUACUCCUAAGCCUCUGACUCUUUGAAGGUAAAGCCAGAAUUUCUUAAGGAGCCAUAAACUGUUACUAGGAGAAGCAAAAUCCACUUGAGUUCUCUUGGAAAUGUGAAAGGUGUUUGAGUGUAGAAAACUCUCAGUCCAAAUGCAGACUGUUGUACCAGCUUCAUGCAAAAAUGUUCUGUGCAUUUCUAAAACUUUCUAGAUUAUCCUCUGUUUUUAGCCAUGUGCCUAAAUGGUUGUGUAUAAACAAACCAGACUGCCUGGAGAAUUCCAUAGGCUGCCACAGAUAAGGACCUCACACCAGUUGUCACCCACCUAAUAUCUGAAGGUGGAAGCUCCUGGAGCAAGAUCACCAAAGACGACCUUUAAUAAACAAACAGCUUUGUAUGAAAGAAGGAAGUCCUUUAGAUACAGUGCUGCCACUUUUUCUUUUUCUUUUUUAAGAGUUUGGUAGCUAAAAUCGGCACUUCAAAUUAUAUUCAAGACGUAAGUGGAAGGCAGUUAAGAUUUUCUAGUGCAGACAAAAUAUUAUCAGAUAUGCAAGUCCUGGUCCACAACCUGGUUGCUGCAUUCUGAGCCAGCUGAAGUUUCCAAAUGUUUUCAAGCGUUUGCCCACAUUCAGUUAUAGUUAUUGAAACUGAACAUGGCCAGAACAUGGAUAAGACUGAAAAGGGCAUCUCUGCCCAUAGAAGGCUGCAGUAGGUAUACUGGCCUAAACUAGUGGAAAGUGCUUCACAUAUAUAAAACAACAGUAAAUGCAGACUUCAGAAACAGCAGACACAAUAAAAUGAUCAAAAUAUAGAUCAAAAAUUUUUUUAAGCAAAUGUAGAUAAUAAAAAUACUUGUCUAGGUAAACAGAACUCUCUUUAGCAGGUGUCAAUAAGGGUAUGAUUGUUCUUGCCAAAUAUGAAUAGGCAGGAAGUUCCAGAGAAGAGGAGCUGCCACACUAAAAGGUGAAGUUCUUAAAAGCACGGAAUGGACAUUAAGGGACAGUUUUAGAAGUGCCAGUUCCACAGAUCUAAAUUAUUAUUAACCCCUGAGAUAACAGAAUGCCUCAACCUGGCACCUGAAUGACAGCAAGGCAGGCAUCAACCUUCCCUGGGCUGGGAAUCCAAUAACCAGUCUUACAUUUUUACUGUUCGUUCUAGGUAAGCGUUGCAGCAAAAAUGGCACAAAGGAUGUCCUUUGGCUUUUACAAAUACAAUAAUAUGGAAUUUGUGCGAAUGAAAGGGCCACAAGGAAAAGGACACGCGGAAAUGGCCGUGAGUCGCGUUUCAACUGGUGACACGUCUCCCUGUGGGACAGAGGAAGAUUCAAACCCAGGUUCACCUCUACAUGAGAGAGUGAGUUAAGUUCUCCAAUCUUGGACUCUGGAGAACUCCGUUUGUUGAGGAGCCAGAAGUGUAUCUUUGCUGUUCAAAUCUACCUCUGUUGGGCAGGAUGUCUGCGUCAAAUAAAAACCAAAACAGUAGAAAGAAUUCAUCUUGCAGCUUUGGAAACCAGUUUGACUCUAAAGUGAAACUGUCAGAAAACCUUUAAAUAUCUCCUUCUCUGUUAAAGUUAGAGUAUCUAAGUAAAAUUGCCUUUGAAGUCCAGGUAUGUCUUCUAUAUUGCCUGUUGGCAAUCACUGUAUUAAAAUACUGGAUAUUUUGCAUUAAAAGGUCAGCUGUCCCUAAAUGGUCACUGUACAUAAAUGGUGGUUUGUUCAUGUGUGUUUGUUCAGUAGCUAGAAGAAUGCAUUUUCAAAACAGUGUUCAGGAAGCAGUUUUUAUAUCCACCAGACUGCAAUUCAGAGCAGAUAACCAUUGAAUGAGGUUUAAAAUAAAAUACAAUGUCAAUCAAAACAUAGAGCAGUCAAAAUUAUCUCAUAACCUUCCUUCCCAAUUUAUUUCUGAUUUUCUUCUUUCAGGUCACUUCAUUCAGCACACCUCCAACUCCGGAACGCAACAACCGCCCUUCUUUCUUCUCCCCCUCCCUUAAAAGGAAAGUGCCGCGGAAUCGAAUUGCUGAAAUGAAGAAAUCCCAUUCUGCCAAUGACAGCGAAGAGUUCUUUAGGGAUGAUGAUAGUGGAGGUGAGAGAAGAGUGAUCUUGAGGCAUGGCUGGGCUUUUGCUGCUGGUGUACACUGAUGUCACUAAAUCAGGCUUGGAUUCUCUCAGCCCAACUGUGUGACACACAAAAAUGAGAAAAGAUGAACUAAGGUCCCAUUGAGAACUAGAGUUCAUGCCUUUACAAACUAAACUUAGAUGUAUUUUCUUAUUAUCAUCACUUUGACCCAUGGAACCUCCUAGUUGGAUCCGAUUGUGGUAUUCACCACUGUGGAAAACACUACAUUGUGGUGGGAGGUUAUCUUGUGAGAUUAGCAGGACUGGACAAUAAAUCUGCCUGAGGUUGCAGAUCGCAUGCAGGAUAAUGAGGUGACAUUCCCGUUUCAUAUUGAAGGCGGUGGAAAUUGCGUUUUUGAAUGUUCCCUUACUUAAAAAGCUCUUUGCAAGUGGAAAACCAGCACAGUGGGGGAGGACAAGACUAGAACCUUUUCUCCCAGGUGUUGCUCGUUUUCUACUUGCAGGGAGCUUUUUAAGUGAGGGAACCUUCAGAAAUGGCUUCCCACCCCCGAAAUGCAAAAUGUGUUGGUACAACUUACCAUUGCAGAAUUCUAUCAACUCAUUUUCUGUUGCGUUUGUGGGUCAGGUCUAAGGUGAUGCAGAACAAGCUAUUCUGUGUAGUGGGAAGGACUUUUGACUAACUGGCUUAGGAGCUUGAGGAAGAUGGACUUGCUUAGAAAGACAAUUGCCAUACUUCAUUCCUGAUGAUGGCAUUGUAAAUAAAUCAGUGAUAAAGGACAUGCAUUUAACUCAGAAAAGGUUCUACAUUCUGCUCAUGAUGCCUCCAGCAACCGAAUCACAGGGAACCAAGCAGGGAACUUCAAGGGUUUCCAAGUCAGAGAAGGUAGUAUUGAGUUGAAUAAUGGGCUGAUUUGUAUAUAAAACACACACAGCUCUUAGCUGUCACUGCUGAAUGGAGCCUCUCCUGUUCAGAGGGCAGGAUGCUUGUGAUUGCUGGGUGCAUGGCUGCGAUAUUCAUCCCUUGUCUUGUGAGCUUCCCAAGGCAGUGUUGGCACAUGGGGUUCUGCCCUUGAAGGGCCUUGUAGUCUGUUGGCUGGACAAUGGUUUUGGGGGCAGUAAUGUUUUGCUUACUUCCUGCAGCCUUGUUGUAUCUUGGCAGAUCUGCACAAUGCAACAAACCUACGCUCGCGGUCUUUGUCUGGAACAGGAAGAUCUCUGGUGGGCUCAUGGCUGAAGCUAAACAGAACAGAUGAAAACUUCCUUCUCUAUGCACAUCUAACCUACGUCACAUUGCCAUUGCAUCGGAUCUUAACAGGUGAGAAAAGCCUCAUCCACAUUUCAGAACAGGACAACCCUGACGCUCACCAGCAGCUUCUCCUGCACGUGCCUUGCUGAAAUGAGUGGCAGGUAUGGAGGAAGGUCUCCCAUUCUGCAUAUGGGUGCUUGUGCAGGAGACAUUCCCAGUGGAGUGUGCCCCUUCUGUCCAAGUGACAGUUAUCUCAAAAGCGUGAAUUAACUCUAAAAGGGAGCACAGCUGGGUAAGUUUUCAAUAAUGUACCAGUGUGAAGACACCCCAAACAACUGGAGCUGCUGCUGAUCUGUCUGGCAAGUGGUGAAGAGAAUUCAGCCAUUAUCUAUUAAGCAAUGAAGUGAGCUUCUUCUUCUGUUUCUUCCGGCACCUCCAGGAGAGUUUGAGCAGCCCUGGGACCACAUAGAAGAGCCUGUGCUACAGCUUGUCACAGCAGUAUUAACCCACAUUCAUGGAAUUAGGGACAUUGGCAUUGGAUCUGUACUGAGCUAGUUGCACUUCGAUUCUGUUGAAAUCAGUGUGAAAAAUUAGUUAUAAUUCAAAUUCCAUUGCACUUCAGUGCAAUUAAUUUAGGGUUGCAUCCAAUGCUGCAAUAGAGGUUCCUUUUCCUCUCCUCUCCUGCACACCCUCAAAACCUGCUUCGGUCUUUGGAGGAUCCUCCAACCCUUCUGAGCAGAAUCUGAAGGUGUACAGGGGAGAGAAGUCUCAUUGUGCAAGCAGCACAGCAGGGCUGGAUACAGCCCACAGCCAGCAUCCAACUCACAAUGUCUCUUGUUUUGAUAGUUCAAAGCAAUACCCCAUUUUCAACCUCUGCCAAUAGCCAUUGUGCUUUGGAUGGUUGUGUCUACAAGGUUUUAGCCGCAGCAGCAGCACCUUCAUUUCAAGAAAGAAAGGUACAUUUUCCCCAUUAGACUCACCGCCCUUGAUAGUCAGGGUGUCUUUGAAUGUUUGUGUGUGCGUUUCAAAUUUCAGCUUUUGUGACAGUGUGGAAGCACUUUAACCAUUUAGGGGUAUGUUUUGUCUACCCCCCAAUUUCAGCUGAAAGGAAAUAAUGUUCCCCUCCUAGUUGUUGUUUUUUUAAACACUAAGCCAAUGUUGAGUACAUGUGGUUUAAAAUGUGAGGGUUCUAGCUUACCGUAUUUUUUUGCUCCAUAAGAUGCACCUGACCAUAAAACGCAACUAGUUUUUAGAGGAAAACAAGGGGGGCAAAAAUUCUGAACGAAACAGUGGAUGUAUGAUUUUUGUGGUUCAUGCUGUGGCCACAGACAUGUGAUCUGAUGGUGAAUUUGGGGUGACCCACCGCAAAAAUCCUGAGGAUCCCCCCUCCCAGGCAGCCUCCUUUAUCUCUAGCGUCCCUUAUCUCUCUUCCGAUCCCACCGAUUAGCUGUUUCCUUUCAACACUCCCUUCCCUCUUGUUUGCCUUAGUGUCUUUUCCUUAGCCAGAGCAGUUUUUUGCUCCUCCUUUUCUUCUAAUUUCUCUCCUUAUUGCUUUAGUCUUCCUGUUUCCCCGCUUUGCAAGUUUGCUGUCUUUACCUCCCCUCACCCAGGCAGCCUCCUUUAUCUCUAGCGUCCCUUAUCUCUCUCCCCGAUCGGCAAACGAUCAGCGGCUUUGUUUCAACACCCACUUCCCUCUUUCCAAAAAAAAAGCAAAAAAAAAAGCAUGAUCUGCUUUUUGCCCCUGGGCAAUUCGGCUCCAGGGACCACACAUUUGCUCCAUAAGACGCACAGACAUUUCCCCUUACUUUUUAGGAAGAAAAAAGUGUGUCUUAUGGAGCGAAAAAUACGGUAUGUGGAAGCACCCAAUGAUUUCAAGAUCUCUGCGAAUGAGGCCCAAGCACCUUUACUCAUUGAGAUAUUAUAGCCAAAGAACUGUGGCCCAGAAUCCUCACCACGAUCCUGUCAUCUUUCUUGUUUGCUUAGAUAUUCUGGAGGUGCGGCAGAAACCGAUUCUGAUGACAUAGCAGAGAGCUGGGCACUGCCUUGGAAGCCAUGCAGCCAAGUGCCUAAAAACAACAACUACAGUGCUCUUCUGUCACAGCAGCACCACCUAGCGUCAGAAACUUAACAUAACACUGAAAAAAGGGAUGUUUUGGGAAUUACCAGCCAGCCAUUCAAAAAGUGCCUCUUCCUCCCUCCCUCUGCUAUACAUACUAUAUACCCUCUUAAAAAAAAUGAAAAAAAGACUACAUCUCUUUAUAGUUAUGACUGGCAGAAAUAACUUGACCAAUAAAGAAGACAAAGGGGGAAAUAAAGAACAAAAAGAACCCCCAACAACACAAAAGUUGGGGCUGUGUUUAAAACUAUGCUUUAUGAACCAUUUGUUACAGUGUUUACUUCAUAACUGAAAACCAACCAACCUGUACAGAAUGUAUUAACCUUUAUAUAUUUCGAGAGAAAUGUCCAUAGGAUUUCAUACUGUUGUACCAAUGAACUUCAAUGAACUUCUGAGAGAUGGUUGAGAACACUCCUUUGUUGCAUCAUAAAACAACUUUGUGUAUGUGUUUUAAAGUUGAUAGGGUAGCAGAAUAGUAUAAGAGCAAAGGGAAGUUAGGGACUUAGAUGGAGCAGACCAAAUGGAACUUGAAGUCUUGGUCUUUACGCUUCCCAUGAGUGAUACAGUUUUAAGGCUCACGUAGCAAAAACUGAUUCCGCAAUGACAUCUUCACCUACCAAAGAUCAGCAAAAAGUACCGCCAAAAAGGCUUGAAAGAGUGAGCUCAACACUUGGAAGAAAUGUGCUAAAUGUGAUUUGGUUUCAUUAUGGCUAUUACUUCUGGGAGCAAACCUGUCUCUAGUAGCAUAGAAUGUCUGCAUAUGAGAAGCAGGAAACACAAACCUAAAGACUCUAGUACCAAAAAACGCAGCAGACCUCAGCCAGUUACCACACCAUUGGAAAUUAAAACUAAUUGAAGUGGGCUACUAGAAAUCUUUUAUACAUCAAACUUUUCAUUAGUACUAUAUAAUGAAACUCGUUUUCCUGGAUCUUGGUUCUGCUGAUUCUGUGAUUCGCUGUCCUUUGGUAUACAGAAGCCUAAUUAUUUAAAAUUCUCUAGAACACUUCUGUGACAUUUUGUAAAAAGAAGGAAAAAGGAAACCCUGGCAAGGGCAGAGAGUUGGUAUUUGUGGGGCGCUGAUUGCAGAACCAAGUAUGUUGCAGUUGUAGCAGAGGAUGCAUAAGACACUUACCUGUUUGCUUAUAGCAAAGGUUUCACUCCUCUACAAACAUAGGUACUGUUCUGAGGUGAGUUCUUUAAAAAGGUUCUUAAACUUGAGUUUAAAAGAUCUGCCCAUGGAGAGCAUCUGUUGGUUGGUGCUUGUCUUGUCCUAAAUAUCCUUUCUCCUACCCACCCCCAUUUCUCAAUCCCCAAAUAAGUUUUGCAUCUGAAGUGUUUGUGGAGCAACAUGACCAUGUCCAUGUCUGCUAAUUUCUUUCUUUUCUUUUUUAAAAUGAUGGACAGCCUGAAUAACUCACAUGGGGAAGGAUGGGCAGGGUGACUGUUCCAGUGUGCCAUUUCCUGCUCUGUGUGAUCAUCAUCCCAGUUGUGAUGCUGGGAAUGAGCCUGGAUCUCCCCCUUAAGUGAAAAAUCACCUGAAAGUGUUCUUUGGAAUAACAGUAUGGCUGCCUUCAUCCUGAAAUUCAGCUUGCUCAAACGGCUCCUUUAAUUGUAAAUCUCAUUAACUGUCCUUUGUCACUGCCUUCUUACCUUUUAAAAUAAUGCAUUAUAGCCAAAACAUGGAUUAACAAGUCUGAUUGGCAGCUAUAAAGGGUGGGAAGAAAAAAUGUGUGUGUGUUGAGCAGGGAUGGGUGUGUGUUGAGCAGGUGUUUCUCUUUAUUUUAAAAAAUUAGUUCCAUUUCUAUUCUAAAGCAAAUGCAACAAAUAUAGAGUAUUCCUCUGGCAGAGAGAAGUCAGGAAUAUAAACAAGCAAGUGCCACUCAGAUUCGUGAGAUUUUGCUCUCUGUACGGAGAUUAAUACCAUGGAACACAAACCCUGGACUACUAUUUUUCUUCCUUCCACGACUACUUUUUGUCGUGAACUUUACCUAUGGCAUUAAGUAGUUCAGCCUAUCAAAUGCAACUAUUUCUUUAUAUCAUGGAUUGUUCCCCUUGCAGUUGUAAUUGAAUACUUGUUGUGGAAUCCCUCUUCCUGCUGAAUCCUUUGCUUCCCUCACUCUCAUUCCUGCACUGAGCCACUUCGCUUGCACCUUGCAUGCUCACCUGGUCAUGGACUGAGUUACUGCAGGUGAAACAGGGGCUGUUGGGAUGUUCUAACAUGUUAAGGGGAACAGGAAUGACCAAAGCCUUUCCUGCACACACAAAAAAUCAAUGUGUCGGGGGCAGAAGUUAGCCACCUUCUGAACUACUCUGUACGUGGCAGGGUUUUAUUGGAGACAUUAAGACACAAAGUUCUCUGCCUACUUACUUGGUAUAGCCAAGAAACAAAUUGUGUGUGGCUGCUGAUUGUAUAUCUUAGCUCUUAAAACUGGUGCUUCCUUAAAACAGCAGUUGCAAACAAGUGACAAAAAUUGUUAUAAAAUAACCUUACCACCACUGUGGAUUUUUUAAAAAAACACACACAAAAACCUGGAACGUCCACCAUGCUGGAACAAAGUACACUUGCACGUUACAGCAAACAAGGUGCUGCUGCCAAAAAUGGCCUCUGUCACUUUUCGUACUACUUUUCCUGCUGCAACUCAAGUUCUGAAUUUCCCUGCCCCUCAUCCUAGGUGAAAUGACAUGUUAUGUGGAAGAGGUGAGAAUAUGAAAUGGGAAUACCUUAAAACCCCUGCCAAAUCAAGAAUGCAGUUAAUGAGGGUAAAACAAUAGGUCCACAUUCAUUUCCAAACUCACAGUGCAGUCCUGUAUGCAUGUUUCCUUUGAGGUGAGCCCCCCAUGUUCAGCAGGGCUUAAUCCUAGGUUAGUGUGCAUCAGAUUGUAGCCUUAAGAUAAUGUAAUUCAGAGGCAGCCUGGUGACUUUAAUGCAAGUCCCACUGAACACAUCAAAAGGGGGGAGGGAUUCUUUAGACUGAGCAUUCUUGGAAAAAAAUGCAACUGAAGUCUUAAUUGUUCAUUUAUUUUUUAUUAUUCCUCAUUAAACUGAUCAGAGAUGGAUAUAAUCCGUAUCUUUUUCAGGCUGCCAUUGUACAUGUAGUUCUUCAGCAAAAUGGCUACCUACAGUUCUUACUACAUACACCUUUGAAAUUCAAAUUGCCGAAAGAUUAAAAGGGGAAGAAAUCAUCUCACUCCUAGAGGCAUGUUUAAAUUUUCCAAGUUUUGCAGAUUAAUGUCAGUUUUUGCUUAGAGCGGGGUUACUCCUCUACCAGCUGUUGUCAUGCUAAACCUCAGAAAGUAAAGGCUAGACCACAUUGUGCUGGUGAGGCCUGUUUCAGUCCCCCUAAAGUGGCUUAAAGAGCUGGAUACAUAGAAACGUAAAGAUGCUCCCAUGCCCACAUAUUUCUACUGAAAUGCCUGGGGCUGAUCCGGAGGCCUUUCUGUAUGUCAGGUUCAUGCAGCAGUGGGGAUACGAUAACAACCACCUCUUGCAGGGGUUGUGUUUAGGUAUAAAUGUUGGACUGUGGUUGGGCUGUUGCCAGCCUAUUCUGUGCCUUUUAAAAUCCAGCUCUAUAUGUAAAAUCUAAAUUUCAAAUAUCUCUGUGAUUAUAUGUGAACAUAAUGUGCAGCUGUACAUAGCUGGGUUUGAAGGACUUUAAUGACACAAAGAAUCCCCUCCACCCUAAAUUUAUGCUGCACUCUCUUGAGAAGUGUUUUGUGGGCUGAGCCACUUAAUGCUCAUGUUUGGAAAAGUGUUGAGGCAGCUUUGCCAAGUCAUUGCUCUACCCCUGUUCCUUUAUAGGCACUGGUCGUGGGCUGGAGGCUACACCUGUUUCCUUGUACUGGCUUACAUCAUCUUUAGAGCAGGGCCAGGCAGAACGUCCGUCAGGGUCUCCUCAUACUUCAUUCACACUACAUAAGGGUUUCGGAUUCAAAAGGAAGUAAAAAAAAAAAAAUCUGUCAUGACUGGUUGUAUGCUAAUCAAUUAUUUAUUGCAUUUAUUUGUCACUUUAUAGAACAAUAUCUCAAAGCAACUUUGCAGCUACAUAAAAUACCUAACAGCAAAACCACAUCAGGCCAGUGACCCAUUUAGAUCAGCAUCCUGUUCUCACAAUGGCCAGUCCCAUACUUGUGGGAAGCCUGCACGCAAGACUAGAGCACAAGAGCAUCUCUCCUGCUGUUUCCAGCAACUGGUCUUCAGAAGCAUUUUGCCCUGGAGGCAGAAUAUCACCUUUGUGGCUAAUAGCCAUUAACAGUCAUCAUCUCCACUAAUUUUUCUAAUCCCCUUUUAAAGCCAUCCAAAGGGAGGUUGGCGGAGCCUUCCUGGAUGCUUUUGACCAGAUCUUUGCACAGCCCUGCCCAACAUAGUUUUAAGAACCUCAGAACUGUAGGGACUCUGAUAAAGAUUUGUACUGUUACUUGCUGGUUACCUGAGUGUUUUUACAUCAACAGAUGCAGCUGAAAACUGACUGCUUCAGUUUGUCAGGCUAGAGAAAUGCCUUGAAGGGAACAGGUUCCCUGCCCCUGCUGUAUAUACUGGCACAAAUCCCAUUUGUGCCAGAGGCAAGUCUGUCUAGUUAGACACAGCCUUAAUUUUUAUUUACUACCAAACAUCAGCCAAACCACUUCGUAAUUUACAUCUCAAUGUUUCAGCCCACCCCCCUGCUGCCUUCAGACGGUGUGGUCUGCUUUUUCUAAGUGCUAGAUCAAUUUUUAUGGUUAAUGUUAAAUACCUUAAAUGAACUAUUCAGUUACCACAGGGCCUUAUUCACCCAGGCGUGUUCAGUACUUUGUACGCUGGAACACUAAAUGGUUUUUCUGUCUGUCCACCCGAACUGCAACUUUAGUAUACCCUCCUAUGAGUAAGAGGGCAGUCUCCUUAGAGCAACGAUGUAAAUUUAAGCACUCCAGAUAAGCUCACUUGCUACCUUCAGCAGCUAGUGCAUAGGCAGAAGAAACUCUUGCACUCAGAUUUCUCAGUAAAAGAAAUGAAUUCAGGUCAUAAUGAGAUGCCAGAAAUGCGUAUGAGCAAAAUAUCCAACAGUGUCUGUGGAUUCUGUGGAUUUGUUGAUUAUAAGGCACACUAGAGUCAUUUCAACAGAGACCAGUGAGCGGUGAGAACUAGGCUGCAGAGCGUUAGGUGGUAGAAGAUGGGUAUUGCCCUCCGUUGACUCAGUUCCCCCAGCACUAGGGCUUUGCUUUCUACCACUGAGGUGUUUGUGAAAGCCAUUUAGGAAAAGUGGUACACUUUGGCCUAAGGUGGCUUCCUGGUGACUCUAACAAUGCAGAACGAAACCUACUCUUACCUUUAUAGCCCACUUGUGGGAUCUGUUUCUUGAUCACAUUGGGGUUGGAGCUUUUUAAAUGUUAAUUCUUUCCACUGUAUUAGAAUAUCCUGUAUUGGAAUCAAUGGCAGGUAAUUUAAUUCAUAUAGAAUGGCCUCCUAGCAUCAAAGAGGUACUUCACUGCACAGACACUGUGAAUGCUCUUAAUAAUCCUUAUGGUGAUAACUGAGGAACAAGCAUUCUUGAUUGCUAUCACAUGGGAAGCACACAGUAGCCUUCCCAAUUGUUAUUUUUUGAAAGCAGCCUUUGGCUAUAAACCUAGUUUUGUGCAUCUCUCUGACCUUUGUCACAUUGUGACUGCCUUGGGAUCCCUGCUCCAUGAGGCCAGCCUUCCCUCCCAUCAGGGGUGAUGGACAGGAUUUAUCUUAACUACAAACAGUGCAUUCCUUUCCUUUCUUAAAUAUGAACAGAUGACCUUCAUUUAUACACCUGAAGCAGGGCAAAUGUUGAUUCUAGCAUCUAACAGAAUGCUAAGAACUGUUCUUUUAUGCAAAGAUAUAUUCAAGCUGCUAGUCAACAUGGAAAUGCCUUUCAGUACCUUUCAGAACUUGAACAUCAUUUGCCAAUUUCUUUCUUAUUUUUUAAAACCUAAAUUUCUAUGGAGAAAUUGACUCCCAGAACAGUUCACAAUAAUUCAAAUCCCAAGCAAAAUGCAAUUCAAAUAGCUACAAUAAACAUCAAUAUGAAAACCAUGACAGCACAAAACCAAUACCUCCUGCAGUCAGUUCCAGAAACCACAAUUUAACAUUCUAAAUACCACUAGUCUAGGUAGAGAGAUCUUAAGAACUGUCUUAGGAUGUUAAUCUGUUGCUGUUGGAUCCUGCUUUUUCUUUCAGGCUGCAGCUCUAUACACAAACACACUACAAAGCACCAUGGUGCAUCGAGGGACUUACUCCUGUAUAGACAUGCAUUAGAUUGCACCAUCCAAUUACAUUUCUGGAAUGAGUGUUGAUUUUGGACACUGCCCCAGAGAGGGCCAUGAGGCCCAGUGACUCAGUAGAGCAAAGGUGGGAACAAUUGUGCCCCACGCCAAAGAGGUUGUUGGACUCAUCAGCCCCAGCCAGCAUUACCAGUGGUCAAAGAUGAUGGGAGCUUGAGACCCUGUUUGUGGCUUUUAAAUGAGUCCACACAGAAUCAGAUGGGAACCAAGCCUUGACCUGUUUUAUCAAUGGAAUGCCAUCUAGAAUGGGUAUUAGGAAUGUUUGUCUCAUCAUAUCACCAUCAAAGUCAUAGGAACCAGUUUCUCUCUAGUACUGCCCACACAAUUAUAUGUAGAUCAAACAAUUAUAGUGCUUUCCUGGGCCCAAAAGUGCACAUUAUCCCAUUGAGAUGAAAUAUGAUGUAACUUUUUUGACCACAGUGGUUUAGAAUCUGCCCAAGAAAUUAGCUGCCCGUAGUCAGUGCUCAUUCACCAUUGAAUUUAUUACACUUAAGGCAACAGCAACUGAAAGUGUACAGUGGAAUAAACUGCCUAUACUCAUACUCUUUAAAUAGUAUUUUGUACACUAAUUGUAAUUACAGUGAGAGGCCAAGAUAAAGAGACUGAAAUGACCACUGUGGUCCUCCUGCUUCAGAUACUUUAUGUAUGAUCAGAUAAACAUGUUGCAUGGUUUCUGCCUCAGUCAGCUUUGUGCUAUAAUUUUUUUACAGCUAUGUAGCUGAGCCCACUAAGCAAGGAAAAUGCAACAGGAACACUUUUGUACGUGAGGAAAAAACAAAUAUUACAUACGCCUAUGAUGAACAGUGACUGCCAAUAAAUUAUUCUUAGAAACAUUAUGCUAAGUGUGUGUGUAUGCUGAUUUGUGAGAAAUUAUUCAGAAGUCCAUGCCUACAAUAUGGGCCAUGGAUUCUAUGUUGUUCUGUGAUGGAUUCUAUCAUGAUGCUGACUGUGAUCAUAAAAACUGAACUGCGGACAUUCAAC